CCUGCUAUCACCCUUUAUCUUGUAGCUGGGUUGCAGGAUGCAGCUGGAAACACGCGCAUUUUGCAUGCUUCUCAAAUCACAACCAGGCAUUGCAAAACGCAGGAGGAUUUGCAGACUUCCGCUGGAGGGAGCACUUCUUUUUCUUUUCCUGAGAAGCGAAAACCCACAGGACGGAGCCGCUGCGCGAAUCUCAGCGCUAAGAUUGACACCGCAACCAGCCAAGGGGAGGAAGGCAAGAGCUGGCCCGGAGCUGCUGCCUUUACGCGGCUGGCCCCGCCUUGCCCGCUGGAGCACACAUGGCUCGGUUUCCAGCAGUUGCUGUCAUUCAGGCGCUCCCUCCUCCUCCUCAUCCGCCUCCUCCUCUCGCCGCCGCGGCGCGCAAACAGGCUCAGCGGGGCCUCCGCCGGCUGCUGCGCGAGAUGCGAUGAACUAGAGAGCCGCUCGCAGCGGCGGCAGCAGCAGCUUCUUUUGUUCGCAGUUAGGCGGCCAGGCUGCGUCGCUGUAGCUGCGCGUCCCUUCGGGGAUCCCGGGCAUGAGCCCGGCCGGCUGCCUGCGCCCAUGCGGGGCUUUGAGUCUUGUUGACGGGGGGGACGCGACCUUGCGAGGGGGCCCCCGCGGCGGGAGAUGCGCUGGUUCCCGGAGACGCCUGGAGCAGCAUGUUCCCCGAUGCCGACGCCGCUAACGUGCCCUCCAGCAGCAGCAGCAGCAACGGGCAGCUCGAUUCGGCCGCCGCCGGCUCCCCUGCAGCUCAAAGUCCCGGCGAGUCGUGCGGGGGCGGCAGCGUCCCGGCCGCCGCCGCCGAAGAGGACGACGAGGCGGCGGCGGCGACUGGUCGCGGCUUGCCCUGCUCCAUGCUGGCCGCCGGACUGGGGGUGCUGUUGCUGGCGGUGUCCCUCUUCCACCUGGGCCGGCAGAAGGAGGGCGACGACGGCGAGGAGGCGGCGGCCGAGGCUGGCGGGCAGCCCAGCCUGGCCUUGCUGCUGCUCCAGCUGGCCCUUUACCUGGCCUGCGCCGCCAGCGCCUUCGUAGUCGGCACCUUGCUGGCUCUCGUCAGCCGGAGCCGCGGCCGCCUCAGACCCCCGCCGGAUUUCCGCGCUGCCUGGAACUGCCGCUACCCCGGCAGGGAAAACGCCGCUCCCUUACUGCAAGCUGCCGUGGUAAGUAAGUGCCCCUGCCACGGACCCCUUGCCUUGCGCCGAAUUAAGUUUUCCAGACUCUCUUCAGAGUGCAUGCCUUGCCUUCCAAAGCAGGGCUGGAGUUCAACCCAGAGUUGCCCGUGUACUGUGCUCUCUCCUUGGGUUCUCAGCUCCGUGGGGUGGACAGUGCCUCUGAGCCCAUACAGAGUAUAUUUUCGUCCCGACUUGGGAAUCGCAGAGAUCUUCAGCCUUCCCCAGACAUCUGGGGUUCAACUGUAGGCCUCCCUGGAUAGUAUGUUCAGGUAGACUGGAGUCCAGGCGUCUUUUUUUUAUUAUUUAGCAAGUAAGUGUAAGGUGGUCUAGGCUUGAUUCCUGCCCCCACCUCAAUAUCUCAUACCAAAAUAGGAAUAAGGGGGGAAUCUGUGUACCUGGACUGCGUGUGUGCCUGCUUAGCGGCCUGAAACCUAAUUUCAUCUCCCGCUUCCCUGCUGAAAGAUGACUGUCUCCUAUUAUUCACCUGUGCAGUGACAGUGCAGCUGCUCCAGUUAUUUUGGCUGCAGUGCCCGAAGUAGCAGAGGAUUAUUUCAGGGCUGGAAGCUUAAUACCGGUAAACUUGUUCAAAGUAGGAUUAACAACAAGCAGCACUAGAAAGUGUGUGCUGUGCUGUUGAUAGGUUUUAAUGCUGCCCUGCAAUGGUUGUAUUUCGUUUGGGUUACUGCUUUCUCACUGUUUUUAUUCAUUUAAACCACAUGGCACUCAGAUAACCCUUUGGAGCAAUGCAGAAAUACAGUAAAUAAAUAGAACUGGUUCAGUAGGCGAAGCUGGCCAAUUUCAAAUGUGUGUUCCUAAAUACAGUACUAUGUGCUUAUGAAUAAAAAGCAGAAAAACAUAUCUCCCUAUUCAGUUGUUUAAUUUGAGGUGUUCUUUUGUCCAUUUGGCUUUUAUAUUAUAGCUGGCUGAACAGGCAGGGUGACACAGCCCGCUUAUAUGGCAGUGGUUUUUUGGGGGUGCCAUUAAAGGAAGGCCCAGUUAUGAGAAGCAGCAGAUGAGGAUGAAGGCACCAUAUUGUACAGGAUUUUGAUGACAUUGAAGGAUCUGCACUUCAUUCUUACUUUUGGUAAGCUUUUGUUUACCACUACAAAGGGGAGCUUGCAGAGUGGAUUUCUUCUCUAUACCAAAACACGCACACACCUGUGCUCCCUAAAUGUAGAAAGUUAGAUGUUCACCAGCUCCGGAAUAUCUAGUUUUCUACAUUGAGGUUUUUAGUGGUGGAGCACCCAUGCCGGCUGAAGUGGUGCAGUCCACACAGAUUCGUAUGUACACAAAUCUAAUGCAUCAUCAAAUCUAAUGCACACCUCAAUUUUCAAAACCUUGAAACCAAAAAAGUAUUUGCUGGUGAAUGUAUAUGUGCCAUCAAAUCUAAUGCGCACCCCUAAUUUUCGCGACGUAAUUUGGCCCCAAAAGGUGUGCAUUACAUUCGAGUAAAUAUGGUACUGAAGAACCAUCAUUCCUUAUUUGCUGUGAGGAUAAGUGGGAAACAGUGUUUGAAUUGCCACAGCUAAGUUUGAUUGUAGAGUGUCAGAUCUACUGAAAACAAUUCAUAAUAUUGACCACACAGGAGUUUAAGCCUGCUUCAUACAUGACAAUUUUCCUAUAUUGCUUUUCUCAAGGAAAAUGUACCCCACCCUUUGAUUGCCUCCCAGGACCAGAAUAGACAGAUGUGUUUGUUGCACAUCAUAGUAUACUCUUAGAAAUUAUAUCCAGAGGGGAAUAAUCAGUGUGAAGCACAGUAGAUGAAUGUUUGGUUGAGAGCUCACAUAUAAAUAGAAGCUAAACUUGUAAUAUUUUUUUCCUUAUUCUGUAAUUGGACAGACGAUGCCUUGAAUUUUAUGUGUCUAUGAUUUGGGUCAAUAGAUUUGUUGGCAACCACAAGCCAGCUACUAUAAUCACAGCAAAAUUCUGGACAUGAUAAGCAUAGUAGUAAUGCACACUGAUUUGAAACCUACUGAUUAUAUCAUCUGCCUUGCAUAUCAGACAAAAUUAUUUUGCAUUGUUGGCAUUGGAACUAGGCGUAUAGUUGGAUUUAUCUCCCCCAUUAAUGGGAUUUCCAGGUGUAUAUCUAUACUGUGUGUGUGUGUGUGUGUGUGUGUGUAAUUGGAAAACUUCUGCAGUAGAACCUGCCUUAGCCUGCAGUUUUAAUUGGGAACUUCUUUGAAUGAGAGCUGUCUUAUUGUUAAUCUGGGCAAUUUAUUAAACCACCCACUAAUGGUGUCGGCCUCCAAACUCAAUGGAUUUUGUUGUGCUGCAAGACUUGAAUUGAUUUGGCUCGUCACUCGCAAACCACUAAAGAUCAAGACUAUUUUAUUUGGAUUUAAGAUACUUGCUUGUUUAGCAAGGGUGGAAUAAAUGGCAGGCUGUUUGUUUUACCCUUGUAAAAAUAGAGAAGGUGCCACCAAAAGCAUGCCGCAUGGGAUGUGAGGGCUGAUCCACAGGUAGCUGCUGUUACUCCCUGGAUCAUUACAGACCAAACUGCUAGUUCUUUAUCUGCUAAUGUAGCUUAACUGGAAAUACACUUAAAAAAUCCCCAUGAAAUUACUCCAGUCCAAGUCUUAGCUAUGUAGGAAGGGUAGUGCAAAAAAAAGUCCGGUGAAGUUACUGACCCAUAAAACACUUUUUAAUCUGCUUGUCUUUUUGCAAGAGCUAAUUGGAUAUACUAUUGUUUGGCUUUGUGAAGUAAUAGUCAUAGAAUAUAAUAAACUUUUGGAUCCUUAGUGGUUUGUAUACUUAGACUGCUAAUUGGCCUUUAGCACUAGAAUCGGUUUCAUUCUGAAGUAUGACCUAAUGUGUAGUUUAUUGAUAACAGCUAUCUUUUGCCUUCCAGUUUUCAAGAGUGGGUACUCCUUGUCCUUGUUGCUUGGAUUCUGUCUCUAGAUAACAUUCUUAGAAGAGAGCAGCCCCUUGAUUACUUGCGGAAACGUAACCUUGCAAUUUCAAAUUCUCUUGCAUUUGUAGGCAGUAGAAUUAAAUCCUUCACAGUCCUUUCACUUUUUAUGUGCCUCUGCUAGCUGUCAUUUUUUGAGGGGUGGAGCUUCCCUUAUAAAUGCUGCUUUUCUCCUUUAUGGUUGCACUCUUUUAUAUGCACCUCUAGUCUUUUCAAGCAUCCUUCCCCCUUUCCUUUACCUUUCUGUCUGUUCAGCUUUAUCUGACACAGGCAGGUAUGCUUUCGUUGGUGGGUUUUUUAAACAACAACACAUUUACGGUGCAGUUUUAUAGGUGGCCUUAACAAUAUCCCAUUUAUUUUCAGAUAUUUUGUUAAAGGCCAAUCUGGUAGCUAGCAAAACGCGCAAGGUUGGUUUCCUGACUGGGAAAGAGGGAGCAACCUUCCUUUUUGCUAUUUGAGGAAGUCAGGGCAAGGAGUGGCUCUCAAACACAGCUAGUGUUGAAAAUCCUAAGGAAAUCACAAAGUCCCUCAGACCAAGGCUCUAUAAUUGCAGCACUUAGUUUCUUUUCUUUCCUGUUCUGCUUUGUUUGUUUGCUUGCUUGCUUGCUCUUCAUUGGUGGCAUGCUGAAGUAGGUUACCUGAAAAUGGAUAACAUUUUACAGAAGCUGCUUAGAGUAGGGUAUUUUACUUGUUGGUAACGCUCGGUGUUUAAGAGAAAUUCCAAAAUCCAUAUUUGUUCUUGGCAUCCAUCUAUCUCGAGAGACAAUGGAGUGUGCUUCCGGGUCCGGGGGUGAAAUCACUGAAGUGAUAUUCCUGUAGCACAAGCCUGGGCAGUUUGCAUGGAGGUCCUGCUAGGGUUGCCAUGUGCCCUCUUUUUCCUGGACACGUCCUCUUUUUCAGGGGUAAAAUUUGGGACAAAUCGCAUUUACAGUCAUACCUCAGGUUGUAGACGCUUCAGGUUGCGUUUUUUUGGGUUGCGGACUGCCGAAACCCGGAAGUAGUAGAACGGUUUACUUCCGGGUUUCGGCGGUCGCGCAUGCGCAGAAGUGCUAAGUUGCACUUUGCGCAGGCGCCGCUGCAGGUUGCGAACGCUGCGGGUUGCAAACGUGCAUCCCGCACGGAUCACGUUCGCAACCCGAGCAUCCACUGUAUUUGCUUAGCAUCAUCUUUUUUGCUCUUCAAAAUAUGGCAACCCUAUCCUGGGCUGCCCAGAUGACAAGACACCCCCCGGCCUCACAUGUGGUCCAAAGGAAAGGAGAGCAAUUUGUUUGGCACCAAGAGUUGCCAGAAGGAAGCAUUCAAGGCACCAUCCAACCAUCUUAGGGACUCCGCAUCACUUCUUGGCCUUUUGGCUAAGAUCAAGGGGACUCCACUCUGGAUGUGUGUGGAGUGGAAAUAACCUCUAUACAAUAUGAUCUGCCUGGUUCUGAUUCUUAUUUGUUACAGGCAACCAGAUCAAUAUUGAUUUUUGUUUCUUUUCUUUUCUUACGGUUGUUUCUUCCAUUUUUCUUACAUCCUGGAACUCUACGGUUCCCACAACAGGUCUCUGUUCCAGGCAUUGACCAGACCUGGAUUUUCUUAGUUUCCUCAUGGUGGAUGCUUGAUACUCUGGUCAGGACCUGCUUUGGAACUUCAGUUUCAGAUUGUAAAAAUAUAGUGACAAUGGAAAAAUCUACCUGUAUGCUACUCUUUAACUAUUGACAGCACAAAUGGGUAAAGUAUGAAGGGGUAAUUAAUCUGCUGUGUGUGUGUGUGUGUGUGCGGGCAUGCAUAUGUAAUGAUUGAUUUGUAGACAUUUUAAUAACAUUUCAAAUUGUGGGUGUUUUGUAGACUGGAAAUUACUAUCUGCAUGGUACUAUAUUUUGUUUUUAUGGUUAAUUGUAUUGUAAUUUUUAUUUAUUUAUUGCUACCAUAGGCAGCCUAGAGAAUCUUAUUCUGGGUGGGAUAUAAAUAUUGCAAGUAGAUAAAUAUUAUCCAUAAAAUGUAACGGAAGUAUUUGUAGUCAGAACUUCACUCUAGCUUGUUGGGGAUGAACAUUAUUCAGCCAAAGAAACACAUUCCUUCAUGAGCAAUAUUGCAUACUAGUGGUGGAUGCAGCCACAUAAACACAUCUUUCUAUCCAGACAGGCAAGAGGCAUUGCCACAGUUCUGUUAUACAUUUCAGCCAGGCAAAAGCACUUCAGGAUAGACAACAGAGCCUGAGAAAAGUUAUGGCCUUGAGAGAGCCCUGAGAGCUGGGAAGUAUUUGACCUUCAGGCUUGCCCCCUGCUUUUGUUCCUAUUUUUUCAGUAUUGGUGUCAGUUCUGUUGCUGUAAACACAUUUUAAAUAGAGCAUUCUUGUAGGUCAGUGAGAAGCAGUUGCAUGCGAUAAGAUUUGUUUUGUAUUGCUUAAAUCCUUUCCCAGCGAGCCUGUGCUCUUUCUAGUGAGGUAUUUCUUGACAUGAUUUUUUUUUUAAAAAAUGUUAUUUAAGGAUUCAGAGUUCAUUCAUUCUAAUAAGUAACACCCAUGCACACCUUGGCUUCUCCGCUAUUUGGUUCAGGGGGAAGUUACCCAAUAUUAGCUUACUUGUCAUUCAAGCCUGAGAUUCAGAUAAUUGUGUAACUAAUUCCCAGAUGCUGUGGGCUCAUUUGAUCCGAACAUCCAACUCCGUGUGAUCAUAGUAAAUCACUUUUGAAUGAGGGGACUUUCUAGAACAGUAUGUAAUACAGCAUUUGGAAGAGGGUGGUCUGAGGGAGUUAAAAACAACAGAAAUCUCUUGAGUAUCCCUAAAGUAGCAUAAAAUAUCCCUACAUUAGCUUUUUAGAUCCCGGUCCAAAUAAAAGAUAUGUGUACUCUACAUUUUAUGUUUAUGUUGUGAGGUAAAAGAAAAUGGUAAAGGAGCCCUGGACGAUUAUGUCCAGUCAAAGGCGAUUAUUGGGGUGUAGUGCUCAUCUCACUUUCAGGCUGAGGGAGCCGGUGUUUGUCCACAGACAGCUUUCUUGGUCAUGCGGCCAGCAUUACUAUACCGCUUCUGGCACAACAGGACAUUGUGACAGAAACCAGAGUACACAGAAAUGUUGUUUACCUUCCCGCCACAGCAGUACCUAUGUAUCUACUUGCACUGGCAUGCUUUCGAACAGCUAUGUUGGCAGGAACUGGGACAGAGCAACGGGACUGCCUUUGGGGGAAGGGUGGUAUGCAAAUUUAAUUAAUAAUCAUAAUAAUACAUUUUAUAAUAAUGAUUAGGAAGCAGUUAAGACAUGUGUACUUAAAGCAACACAAAAGUGGCCUUCCUGUGUAUGUGAAUCUGAUAAUAGGCCAUAUAUUUCAGUUUAAUAAGCUGAGAUAGGAGCAGUGCUAUUUUUCUAGAAAAAUAGGUGCCAGAAUUUUCUCUGUUUCUCUCUUAGAAUGGCAAUGGCACCCACCUGAGGGGUUCUGGAGCUGAGCUCCUGUGAGCUCUGACUGGAAAAAAAGCCCUGGAUAGGAACAAACCUUUGCCCACAUAUAUGCCCCCUUCAGUCCUUCCUUUGUAGCAUUAGUAAUCAAACAUAGAAGCCUUUAACCAUAGUUGAAGUUGGCUUUACAUCCUGGCUUCUUUGAAAACUAGUAAUCUGUAGUUUUCAAGUUUGUACAAAAUGGGAAAUGCUAGUUAAUUAGAGUCUUAUUGGAUUGAUUGCUUCUACAACAGAAGGGCUGUGUGCACGGACAAAAGGUUUGUUUAUAUGUCCACUUAUUUGGCCGAGAGGAACAUUAUCCAAAGCAGGCCAGAGAACUAAUACCGAAAUGUUAUUAGAAGCAGCAACUCUUCAUUACAAAACUUAAAUCUGGCAUUAAUUGACACCCAGAGUGAGAGGGCAGGAUCCACUGAGGAAUAUUAAUUGUCUCAAUAUUUAACAUUAAGCAUGUGUGACUCAUCUAGUAUUGCUCCUUCACAACCUGAGUUUUUCAUUUGGGCCCUAGAGUGAAAUAAGAUGUUUCUUUUGUGGACAGUCCAUUAUUUUUAUGUUCCUGGCGCUAUGCCUGUUUUUGUUCCUCCUCAUAAUUUCCUAGAAAUAGUUGAUGGGCUUGUUGGUGGUGCUGGUUUUUCUGUUUCUUUUCAUUGACUGAAGAUAACCAAGAGGGAGAGAUAAAUAUGCACAGAACUGUGUUUGGUUGCUUGAACUGAAUAUCUGAGAACGCUUUGCGGAGAGGGCCGUAGCUCCUUUGUUGACCUAGUUUAGACCUUUUUUUAAGCCAGUAGAACUGUUCGUUUCCACACGUACCUGCUAUACGAUAACAGUACAGAUCAACCAUGUCGUCCUGGAAGUAAGUCCUAUUGUAUUCAAUGGGACUUAGGAAAGUGGGGUUAGCACUGUAGCAUAUGAGGCCCUUCUUUGAGUGCCCCUUUACAUUUGUGUCAUGGCAGGUGGCUGCAGGAGAAAGGACCUUCCCUACUUAGUGGAAUGGUGCUUUGCUUGGCAUUUCAAAGCCAAGCAAAUGCUCUUAGUAAAACCCCUCUUGUAUCCUAUGCUGUGUGUGUUUAUUUCUGCUGCUUUUCGUAAUUGCUUUUUUUUAUAUUGUGGCGUUUAAUGUUUUGGUUUUAAGAGCCUUUGGAGAGCUACUGCCAGUUGGACUAGACUAGACAGUAUGGGGGUAGAUGGGCCAAUGGCAUGAGAGUAUAAAGUGGUUUCAUAUGUUCAUAACCCUUGAGUGUGAUUCAGAAGUGUACAUAAGAAGAAAGCACGCUGAGUAUACAGUUAGAAGUGUACAGCAUGCCCAUGAAAUGAGAGACCAUACUUUCCAUGUAGAGCACUUACAUUCCAUGUUGCACAGGGUUGGGAAACCUCCAGCCCAUGGGCCAAAUUUGACCUGCCAAGACUCCCCAUUUGGCUCACUAGGGCAUUUUGGCCAAGCCCUGCCCUACACCUGCUACCAUAUAUGACACUCACUCCUCCCCUUCCCCACUACAGUGGUCCCAGUCCAAUUUGAGGCCUUCCCCAAGCUUCUACUUUUAUAAACAAAAUGAAAAGGGAGAUCCUGGUCACAGAUUUCACAUAUUACAUCACCUCUAGUAGUGUUCCAGGAAACAGGGUAGGAUGGGAGCAGUGCUUUUAGUAUCUGUAAUAUUUUGACCGAUGAAUUUUUUUAUACUAUAUAUGUUGCAUUUUUGUAUGUGUAUGUAAUGUGAUUUAUGACAUGGUGGCUUGCCUCACACCAUCUAAACGAAGCUGUAAAUACCUAUUCUGAGGGUUAUUGUGAUUAAAGAUGUUGCUGGUCAUCUUGCACUUCAAAGACAAUACUGGUGCUAACUUGGGUGAACAACUGAAUCACGCUUUUUGCAUAGUGUUGCUUUUAGAGUCAUUGGAGAUGGAGAAGCUUUGAGGGAGAUGGUUUUAUCUGUGGAGAUGCACAUUUAUUGGACACAUUCAGCUGUAUAAGAAGUCCUCCUAGGUGAGGUGUUGAUUCCGAUCAUGUUUGCCCCCCUUUCAUGUUGGCACCAAAUGUUGACUCCUUGUGACUUCAUAUAUAUGGUUGUAUUCUUAUCUUGCGUACUGUGGCCGUCAAAUCUGCUGUGGGUUGGCAUUUCUAGAAGAUGAAUGGUUCUCUUCCCUUAUUAGUUUACAUGUCUUUAUUUGCAAAUGAUAACUUAAUUUUCUCCCUUCAAAUUGGUCAUUUAAAAAACUGAGCAACUUUUGGAGUCAGGAGACUGGCUCGGAGGUUUGGCAAACUCCAGAUUUGGAAAGAAAUUUACUUUUUAAACGACUGUUAGUUUGUAAGGCUGGGCUAGAUGUCUCGAACGUAGUGUGUGCUUUGCUGGAUUUAACAAUCAAAUGUCAUUAUUUAAAUACUGCAUUCAUCCAUGUCUUAGGUGUGUGCAUGUUUGCUUUCUUUCAGACUCUUUUAUCUGGAAACGCACAUGAAUCUGUCCAGUCAAGGAGACUGAUGAUUUCUCAUAACAUGGAUAAAGCUCUGAAAGAAGGUAGGACUCAAAGAUAAUCAGUUAUUUGAUGAAAAAAUAUUUCACACCAUGGGAUUUUGUAAAAUAGAAAUUUGAGAACCUCCCUCACACCCACCCACAGUACUUUGGGAUACAUUCAGGUUGCGCAACUAGUAGCAUGGAAUCUGAAUGUCAGUAACUGUGCUUUCAUUGUCUAAAGUAGAUGUAUGGUUGGUUGGAUCCAUGAGUGGAGUUCCCCUAACAGAAUAGAGUGCUCUUGGGUCUCAGCUCUCCCUUUCAGCUGUGAAAGAUCAGGGGAUCCUCUGGAAUAGAGUUGGAGGUGGCACGGGGGACUGCAGUUGGAAACACACAACAGACUGGACUCUGGCUAACAAAUUGAAGCUUCUUUGGACAAGGCAGAAUAUGACUACUCAAAUAAACAAGAACAGUAGUCUUCAUAGUGAGCACACCUGGCUCCUUCCUUUCUACAUUUGGAGGUUUAUAUUACAUGCAGGGCUUUUUUCCAGCCAAAGCUCACCGGAGUUCAGCUCCUGCAUGUCUCAGGUGGAUGCUAUUGCUAUUCUAAGAGAACGAGGGAGAAGUUCAUGGUGAGCUCUGACACCUCUUUUGCUAGAAAAAUAGCACUGAUUACAUACAUACAUACAUACAUACCUUUCCACAGUUCAAAUCUUGCUCAAGGUGCCUUACAAUGUGAAAAAAUACAGAGCUGCAACAUAACAAAAGUAGUCAUAAACAAUAAAGAAAACAUUAAAAAAUACACAACCAAAAUGAACAAUUUCCAAUAAAUUUCCAAUAAAUAAAUUGUAAGAAGUUUUAAAAUAAAGAUACAAAAAAAUCAACAUCAACAAAAAACCUCAAACAAGGAGUCUGUCCAGUAGCCUCAGUUUUUGUUGUUGAAGUGAGCCCUGCCCUCCCAGGCCAGGCGGAAAAGUCCUGCAAGACAAGGAGCAGGUCUUCUAGGACUCACAGCCAAGGUGGUCUAUUUCCCCCCUCCUUUUUUUCCUUUUUAAAAUUAUCACCUAUUCAGUAUUGGAGAAUCGUGCUGCUGGCCUUGAAAAUGAUCAAGGAUCCACUUCUCUUGCAUUGGUUUCUUCUUGGAGUAGGCAGGCAGUUAGGACAAACACUGCGGGUAAGAGAUGUGAUUCAAUCAAACAAAGUCUGUAAUAGCUGGCUUUUAAAACUCAGGAACCUGUCAUCAAAAGAAUAUACGAUGCUGAUAUAUCCCAAGUGUGUCUCUGUUUUAUAAAAUGUAUUGUGCAGCCUAGGAAUGAUAUUUUAAAGGCAGUAUCCAAAUAAUUUAAUUAAAAAGAGUGAAGACAAGGCUUAGGUUGAGUUGCCAGCAGAUAAAGGACAGUAUUUUCUGUUGUCUCUUAGAGAUCUUCUGUCUGUAAAUGAAUGCUGAAUUGCAAAGGCUGUGUUGCAGUGUAGGGAGUAGCCUUGCAUGGGCUUAACCAUGAGCAUUCUAAUUGUGGAGGCAGGAAGAGUCAGCCAUGCAAUGUUGGCGAUUGGUGUGGUUGCUAUUAGCAGAAAAUUUCAUGCAUUGGGUUGAGAUCUAGUGACCAGAGAUAGGAGGCUCGGUGCUGAGGAGCUGUGGGUAGAAGCGCAUGGAUUUACAUUGGAACCAAAACCAGUCAACACUUUGUAUUGCAUGCCCAUCCACAGUUGAUAGUGGGUUCAGUCACCUCUAAUGUUAUGUAAGGUUUGUUACAUGAACAAGCGUUGCACCUGUGUGUCCUCUUGUCCCCUCUUCACAUGCUCUUCUUAAUCAGGUAACUGCUCUGGCAAAGUCUGUUAAUUUGCUGCUGCAUCUAAAUCUGCAAACUGUCAUUCCUGUGAAAGUGGAAGUAACAGAUGUAAAAAAGUGGGAGGUGAACCAACCCAGCUGUCUUAGUGAGCAGCAUGAGGCUUUUUACUGUAACUCAGUAAGAUGUUUCUACCUACAUGUGACUAUAAAGCGGUUAGGCAUGCCGGACCAAAAAGGUAUGAUAGAGCUGGGUAGUUAAUAGUUUCAUAAAAUAAAGCUUAGUUUUCGUGUGACACAGUGUGUUUUAUCAGUUGUACUUAAUUAAAUUACUCAAUCUGUGGGAAAUUACCGUAUUUUAUUUUUACUUACAGUUAUAGGCAGCUACUUAGGAUUUCUAGUAAGAUGACUGACAAAUGGCAGUUGCAGUCUUACUCUGUGAACCUCCAGCAAGCUUUUUCCAAGGCCAUUUUUUCUUAUAUCAUCCCUUUCUUAUUUUUUGAAAGGUGGGAGAAUGCAAUACACUGAAGGUGCAAGCAGCCAAUGUUUUCAAGCACCAAUUGUUCAUAACAGUACUCCCCCCUCCCCACUUCCCCAAGGCUCCUGACUGAAUUCUGCUUCAUCUUUGGUGUUGCUUUGGUUUCAGUGUUUGACUACAGCUACAGAGAUUACAUUUUAUCUUGGUAUGGUCACCUCAGCAGAGACGAGGGACAGCUGUACCACCUGCUAUCCGAAGACUUCUGGGAAGUUGCCAAGCAGCUGCGACAGAGGCUCAGUCACAUUGAUGUAGUUAAAGUCGUCUGCAGCGAUGUAGUGAAAGCUUUGUUAACCCACUUUUGUGACCUUAAAGCAGCCAGUUCCAGGUAAAAACAUAUUCCCCACAACACCCUGAUUCCAUUUUACUUUAGCUAUUCUCCCCUUCCCCUUUUGCUUGUGUUUGAACUGUAUUGAGAGACCCCGUGUGGUGUAGUGGUUAAAGUGCUGGACCAGGACCUGGGAUACAAGAGUUCAAACCCCACUCGGCCGUGAAGCUCACUGGGGGGCCUUGGGCCGGUCACUGCCUCUCAGCCUAACCUUCCUCACAAGGUUGUUGUGGAGAUUAAACAAGGAGAGGGAGCCACUUUGAGCUGCUUAGAGAAAAAGAUGGGCUAUAAAUACAAAUGAUGAUGAUGAAGAAGAAGAAGAAGAAGAAGAAUAGUGAAGCUUCCUUUGAGGCAACACCAACAGAAACAACGAUAAACAGCAAUGAUAACUAACUUUUUUGGCAUGUAUGUCACAAUACACGUCAAACCUCUCAGAGACUAUAUAUGCCGCUUGCUCCCUCAUACAUUGUGGUUGACCUGUGUCUAGUCUACUGAGCUGAACAGGCCCUGGUCAGUAGCAGAAAGGCAAUGGGAAGUGUAGGCCUGAUCCUACUUUUCUGGCAGGCAUAUGGACCCUCCUUUUCCUACCUAAAUGUAUAAUGAACUUCUAUUGCUUUGGUGCAUAUGUUACAGGUUUACCUUCUAUGCCGUGUGCAUGGCAAGGCAUUGUUCCCAUCAAGGUUAGAAUUGUGGCCAAACUCAUAAAUGUUAUCUGUCCUGUAUUAAAAAUGAUAAACUUCGCCAAUUAUUCUGUUGGGAGCCACCCAGAGUGGCUGGGGAGACCUGGCCAGAUGGGUGGGGUAUACCUAAUAAAUUAUUAUUAUUAUUAUUAUUAUUAUUAAGCAUUUGGGGUAGGGUCAUUUAAGACCUUUUUGAUCUCAGUUAAAGAUGGGCUAUGGAGGUUGCCAGAAAGCAAAACUUGGCAAGAGUAUGUAUGUAUGUAUGCAUUUAUUUAUUUAAAGAGAGAAUAAUGCCACUGAUGUGUUAUCAGACAUGGAUUGCAGUUGUAUAUUUGUUGUCCACUUCUCUUGUACUAGGAACUGAAUCCCUUUGACUUGGGUGUGUUCACUACAUAGGCAUGUGAAGUAUAUUGUGAAAGCUGAUGUUCUUGAAAAGGGAAUUUCCUCUUUGUUCUUGUAGUUCCAUUUUUUUGGUUGGUCUUGUCAUUGGCAGUGCCUAGUUGGCAAAGGUGAUUAACAGAAACCACAACAAACAAGGAUGCAGCAGGAGCAUCUUAAAAAAAACCAACACAACCCAAAUUAAAGUAUAUUUGUGUGGGUGGACCCAUGGGCUAGUUGGCGACUGCUUGGAAUCUCUUGAACUACAUUCUUUGAAACACAACUGUGUAUUUCCCCCCCCCCCACCUGUUGCACAUUGAAUGUGGCCAGUUAAUAGCUGUGUAGUUGGUAUAUGUGAGUCCUUGGGAUGCGGCAGAUCUCCAUGUGGCAUUGAAGCUCACUGCAUGACCUUGCUGGCCAGUUUGUUUGUUUAUCUUGGAGAUGCUCUUGAUGCAAUAGAUUAAGAACCAGGUUGCUAUGUGGCUUUCUCUAGCAGAGAAAGAAAGCUCCUUGACCUAUUUUUAUUCCAGCCUUCAGUAUGAAUUCCCAGAGUGCUUCACAUAAGAGGAAAAUGCAAAUUUAAAAACCCAAUUAAAAUAUAAAUAAAACAAAACUGAAUAAUAAAAAAUACAGUUAUUAAAAGGCAGCAGGAUCUUAAAAGCCAGGUAAAAAGGAUCAGCAGGACUAAAACUAUAGCAUGCGCAAAUAAAAAUGUCGCCAAAGUAGGCACUAGAUGUUUCUUUUGCAUAACCUACUUCUUAAGGAUGUUCUGUGUUUAAAAAUGGGACAGCUGCUAUAAGCUUUCUUGCUGGGAUACCAGUAUAGCACAGUAAUAUUACAUAUGCUCUCUUUUAGAUAUUUACAAUUGAAUGCCCAGUUGGGAAUUGAAACAUGGAGACUUAACAGGAUUUCACUGUGUUUUAAAAUCCAUGCAAACUUUUAGUGCAGUGGUGGGGAACAUCUGGUUUGCCAGUCUGAUUCUGCCUGCCAUGGUUCCCGGUUUUACCUGUGAGAACCUAACACUUGCCACUCACUUUGUUGAAUUAACUUUAACUUUCUGACAGGCUCAGGUAAUGAAUCAAGACAUGAGUUUGUUCCAGUUGCACAUUCAUUAUAGCUUAUGUGACUUGGGCACACUCUUUGCUCUUGCUUACACUCUCAGGAGGGAUCACUUGCAAAUUGCUAACUUGUCGUUGAUAGCCUGGUAAAGUACUGCAGGAAAAUGCAGAGAACAAACAUGCCUUGCAAACUAGGUUGAAGGAUAGGUAAAACUACUGCUGCUUUUCUUUCUCCUCUUCCGUUAAUAGCUUUUCCAGUAGUCAUUUUAAUGCAUGUGGUAGACAUGGGAAACAUGAGAGGGUUUUUCUUUGCAAAUAGCAGUCUCAAGGCCAGCCGGAAAUAUUAAAGCAAUUAAGAAAUAAAAGUUGAAAUAUCUGACUUGGUAGCUAGAUGGUCUUUCUCUUAGCAAAUGAAACAAAAGGGGAACAUCCAUAUCUAUAGGAUUUGUGUUUUCUUGCUAGUGCCCUAAAUUAUACCUUUUCCCCCCGGAAAAGGGUUCUAGCAGAUCAAACUUGAUUUAAUUCUGCCAAUCUCUUAAAGAAGCUGAGGCAAUGCAGAUAAAGAGAUGUACAGCCACUUCUGCUCCCUUGUGAAUUACUUAGCAGCUUGCUGCAGACUUGUGUGGAAGCCCUGGUAGAUAGAUAUACAGUACAGUCCUGUGAAAAAUGUCUUUUUAGAUUUACUGCUGCGUAAACAUCUUUCAGAUUUAUCUCCUGCCUGUUGGGGAGCCCCUUUACACUGUCAAGAUGAUGAAGAACCAGAAUGGUUUCAGGAUUUAUUUUUAUUUUUUUAAAGUUGCAAUUAGAGUUAAUAGGAGGCUAACAUGAAUGUGGUCUCAGGUUUCCUUGCAAAAGACUCUCACUUGCACACCGUGAUAAAUUACCCUACUUUCUAAACAGAUUUUUGGUGUAUAAUGCCUUUUAAAAUGCCACUCUCAGCAUGCUUGUCUCAGCCAAUGGUAAGAGACCCAUUUCCUUUGCAAAACUGGACAAAGGUAUCAAAAUGGCCUCACCAUCCUGCUUUCCAAGCCAUGGUGGCCCGAGGUUGCAAGGCUGUCCUUGUCCAUUCAGGAAAGAUAUUUUUGACAAUGGAGUGUAAUGUGCAAAGUCAGAGCAAUUUGCAGGAUGAGGGACAAGUAGCCUGCUUCUUACUUCUCCUUGGCCCAGGAUUGUUCCUCCAGAGACUGGCUUGAAUGCCUUGGUUGAUUGAGAAUGCUUAGCCAGCUCUGAAUAAUUUGUCAGGGGCUUUUCCUAAGCUCAGUUCCUACCCUACUGAUUGUCCCAGUGAUUGGGAAGUUACAUGGUCUCACUUUCUUUUUGCUAUGAAAACAACUGUGGGUGGGUGGGCUCAGAGGAACGGACAGCUUUCUUUAACUAUCAGGGUUUAUUUAGGAGAAAGGAAACUGAAUGUAUAAUUCAAUGUCUUUUACCCUACAGUUUGAUCUAACUGUGGUUUGCACAAACUAUAGCUUUCCUUUGAAUAAGGACUGCGGGUUGUUUUGAACUGCAAAUAGAAACUUGGAACUUCCUCCCUUCACGCAUCAAAGACUGAGACAGAGGGGAAGUGUGUGAACCCAGGACUUAGGUCUGCUUUUCCCAAUAAAUUGGAUUUAAACCAUGGUUUGGUGUUGCAUCUCAACUGGGCUGGUGUGUUUCAUGAACUGUAAAUGAUUUUUAUUUUAGGUGAUGUUUGAUUUUGUUCUGUCUUUGUUGUGAAUGCUGUACUUUGUGCCUGGUAGGUCUCUCCUUUUACUCAUCACCUGCUGCCUGAAAAUGCUAGAGCUUUAUGGAAUACUUUCUUGCAUGCAUUUUAUUGCAAGAGCUGCGUCAAGGAUUUUGAAACACCUGCUAAGAUAAACUUAUCCAGUACAUGUUUGCAUACUUGCCCUCUUAUGCAAGCAUACGCUGAAAGUAUUUUACUGGCUGUUUGGAAAUGGAAAUGAAGCCCUGGUCUGAGCCUUUUUAUACGGCAUUUGCAAAGCAGGCCUCAAACUGACAAUUUCAAGCUCCCUCACAAGCUGACGGCUUUUCAAUAACAAGAUGGACCAAAUUGAAAAUCUGUGAUAAAUGCUUUGUAUGGAAAUUCUGUAAAAUAGACAUUGGAGCUGUUGAAAAAUACAUUUGCAUAUGUUUGUUUGAACCAAUUCAUUGAGCUUUUUAAAGUUUAUCUGGUUUAUUCAAAGCAAUAGAUUGCAUAAAGCUGAAGUGAAGCCUUUCAAAUUCCUCCACAGACAUGUUAGAGGAGGGAACACAGGGAUGUGAGAUCUGAUGCUUGUCCCCAUAAACCUUGUCCCCACAAACUACUAAACCUCACCAUGGCAUAGUGUUGUGAAACUACAGUUGUGUGUGUGUGUGUGUUUAAGAAAUUCAGAAAUGUUCAUAACUUUAUUAACAUUGCAAAGCCCAAGUGAUUUAAAUUGCUGUUUUCCCUUUCUUUCUAUAACGAAUAAGGAAGAAGGGAGGGGCUUGCUGUGGGGAAAUGUAUAACUAACUCAUACUGUAAAUAAAUAAAAAAAUGCAUUGCAUGUAACAUUCAACAAAGGCAGUGUUUUUUAUAGGUAGCUGGCUUUCUUCUUUUAUGGAUCGGGAAUCUUCAAGCAGUGAUGACUAGAGGAUGAUUAACUUUCUGCUGCUCCUCUUUAGACUGGAAGAGCAGCCACGGCCAUUUUUAUUGCAUCCGUGUUUGAGGAACUCUGAUGAAGAAGCAAGAUUCCUGCAAGCAUGUUCUCAAAUUUUGGUGUAUUGUCUUCUGCCCUCAAAGGAUGCCCGGUCGCUGAGCUUGCGCAUAGUCCUUGCAGAAAUACUUGCAUCAAAAGGUAAUUAUAGGUCAGGUCAAGCGUUUGCUCACGAUUAGAAAAUCAGCCUGCACAUUUAUUUAUUUAUUUCAUAAAAUUUAUACACCGCUUGAGUCUUAAGAAACCUCAAAGCAGUUCACAAAAAAAAGCACAAAGCAAGAAAAUCAAGAAAAAUUCACAGCCGUAUCUCAAAACAUACAAAAGUUAAAAUAGUUGAAACAGAUUAAAAUUUCCUCAACAAAGGUUAUUGGUCUUUUGGAGCCUGUGGGCACAUUUGCAAAUUGCAGCAACUGUUGUGGGCACCAUGGAGAUACAGUCGUACCUCAGAAGUCAAACGGAAUCUGUUCUGGAAGUCCAUUCGACUUCCGAAACGUUCGGAAACCAAAGCACAGCUUCUGAUUGGCUGCAGGAAACUCCUGCAGCCAAUCGGAAGCCGCGGAAGCCCCUUCGGACGUUCAGCUUCCGAAAGAACGUUCGAAAACCGGAACACUCAAUUCCGGUUUUCGAUCGUUCAGGAGCCAGAUGAUUUGACCUCCAAGGCGUGUGGGAGCCUAGGUACAGCUGUACUGCGACUUGGCAAGCAUCACAACACCCUUGGCUACAAUGGGAUGAGGGGAGUAGAACCUGUGGGAGCCGCUUUGGCAACCCUUCCUGUGCAUGCAUUGACUUUAUUGCACCUUGCUUGUUCUGAUAGCUUUUUAGAGGAGCCCAGGAGAUCUCUCUUUGGAUCUACAGAUUUGAGCCACUGAAAAAUCUGCACGUUUUUCUUGAUGUGUGCCAGAGUGAAGGCUUUCAUGAAAUGAGGGCAGGCAUACAAUUAGACUGAAGGCAGCCUGACUCAUCAGGUGCAUGAGAUGGAUGUUGCAUACAAAGGCCCGUACCACAAUAAACAUGUCAGUCUCCAGGGCGUCGCAGGCUUUUUGCUGCUACAAUCUAAUAUGGCAUUUUUUCUGGAACUCGUAAAUGGAAAUGUCUGUUUCAUUGGGAAAUAAAGGUGACUUCAUUUUAAGUAGGGCUGUCAGCUUACCCUAAUCAGGUAACCAACCCUGAUUAGUUGGUUAAUCACCUACCCUUUCAAUGGUUAUAUUUGUAAAAUAAUAAUAAUUUAUUAUUUGUACCCCGCCCAUCUGACUGGGUUGCCCCAGCCACUCUGGGUGGCUUCCAGCAUAUAUAAAAACAUGGUACAGUGGUACCUCAAGUUACAAACGCCUCAGGUUACAAACGCUUCAGGUUACAAACUCCGCUAACCUGGAAGAGUUACCUCGAGCUGAGAACUUUGCCCCAGGAUGAAUACAGAAAUCGUGUGCCAGUGGUGCAGCGGCAGCAAGAGGCCCCAUUAGCAAAAGCACGCCUCUAGUUAAGAACAGUUUCACGUUAAGAACGGACCUCCGGAACGAAUUAAGUUCGUAACUAGAGCUACCACUGUAUAUUCAGCAUAUUACUGAAACCUGAGUAUAACUGUCUCUUUGAGACAUUAAACAAAUUUACGUGAUUUACAACAAUAAAUAAAAACCACCAUUAAUUCUUUGAAAAAGACGCACAUUUUUAUAUUUUUGUUUUCAUUCUUUUACUCAUAGGAACAAAGGAAGCUGUCUUAUACCAUUGGUUCAUUUUGGCCAAUAUUGUCUAUGGCAGCUAUCUAAACUUUUCAGAUCUAGACUCUACUUUUAACACAAGCUUGCAUUUGGGAACUUAUUUCUUAAUAUUUUACCAUAUAUUUGCAUGGUGGUAGUGCUCCUGUUGUGACCCACAUUGGAUCAGGCCCCACAAACAAGUUUUCUCUUAAUUUGCAGCUCUUCUGAUCUAAAAUUUGCCCUUACCCAUCAGUCAACUACAGCUAUAAUGGAUUGAAUUAAAGAUUUAAAGCUUGCUCUCCUAAUUCUUUUCAGGGUUCUAGGAAAUAACUUCACAGGCAUGAAACUACAGUAUUUUAACAGACUGAAUUUCCAAACUCCUGUGAUUAUAAACUUCUAAGGUUGUGUGUCACCUCCAGCUAUUUUUAGGAAACGUUCUUUAAGGCUACAACGGGAUGCACACUUCUUAGGAACAGUUUUCCCACUGGGCACUGGGAUUUGUGUCCAAGUAAAUAUGAUCAAGCUGUUAAGAAUUUUUGAAAUAAACGUAACACCAGCAUUUAGAAGCGGUUCAUUUGUAUCUAUAAAUUCAGGCUAAUAUUAUUUAGUGCAAAAUGUACAGGGGGUUUUUUCCCUCGAUGAAGAUGUCUGCAGCAUUACAUGUGUGCCGCGUUCUUCUUUUUUAAAACUUCAGUACUGAAACCCAUGGUAGAGCUCCUGAGUGAUCCCAACUACAUCAACCAAAUGUUGCUUGUCCAGAUGGAGUACCGGGAACAGGUGAAUGAGCAUCACAAAAGAGCCUACACAUAUGCUCCUUCUUACGAAGAGUUCAUCAAGCUUAUUAACAGCAACUCGGAUGUUGAGUUCCUCAAACAACUAAGGUAAUGCCAUGUUUGUUUAUAGGAAACUCGACACAAAAUAGGUCCAUUGGCAUUCAUUGAAUUGGGGGCAAAGUCUGUAUCAGAGAGAGAGCAGGCAUGUUCUAGUUAGUAUUUAUGGCAUGCAGGUAAUUGAGGCCAUGAAUAGCUAUACUGUGACCCAUAUCCAAAGUGUGUAUUCUCCAGCCCAGUGUUUCUGGAGGCAGGUGUUUUUGCUUUAUUGAACUCACGGGAAUAGGCCACACCCAUAGGAUUUAUACCAGGCACGGCCAAUCCAGAUGUCUUAUAGAGUUCCUGAGGCUGCUCACAGAAGUCAGAUUGCAUGCAUGGCCUUAUUUCUUUCUCUGUGCAUAUUGUUGGGUUUUUUUUCAUUUCACCCUUGACAGGAGCUGGAGGCAGACGUAGGUCAACAAUAAAGCACUCGAUGUCAGUGAAGUUAACUGUUUAUUGAAAGAAACAAAACAGCUCUGUCCUAGUGGUCACCACAACCCUUCCCAGUAGGUCUUGACCCAAUGAAUCAUUUGAGAGGACUGAAGGUCCCUGCUCCUCCCCUGAUUCCUUCCCCAGCAGCCGAAGGCUCCAUCGUCUUCUCUCAUUGCUCCACCCACUUCAUUUCUCUGCGUAUUCUGGGAGACCAAGAGGGAGGCUCAGAUAUAUAAUCUAGGGCUGGGCAAUAUCUGGAUUUUAACACCGUGAUACAUCAGCAGCUAAAUACUGCAAUUUACUGAUAUAUCACAAUGUGUGAAAUGUAUCUCGGCUUCUUCUUCAGAAGCAGAUGAGAUACAUCACUCAUCCCCAUAUUGCACUGGCUCGAGCAGUAUGGGAGCUUGAUCAGCUGAGGGGUGGGCAGCUUCCCAUGCCCCUCAGUUGAUCAACCCCCCCUUCCUCUGAUUUGCAUGAGCCGGGGGGGGGGGCAUCUUCCUUAAACUACUCAGCUGAGAGGCGGGAAUCACAAUUGCAAGAUUAUAGUCUUUCUGUAAGCCACACAUUUAGAAAACAUACAAUGUCUGGUCUUAGUAAUAUUUUUAAUCCUUUAAUUAUUCUAUACAUGACAACAAAAAUAUUCUGAAAACGGUUGCAGUCUGACAGCGCUGAGAGUUAUAACUGUUAUAAUCCGUUAUGGUGAUAAUAAGUUCUGAGGGAUGCAUGUUAAAUUUUGGAAGUACAGUGGUACCUCGGGUUACAGACGCUUCAGGUUACAGACUCCGCUAACCCAGAAAUAGUACCUCGGGUUAAGAACUUUGCUUCAGGAUGAGAACAGAAAUCGUGCAGCGGUGGCGCAGUGGCAGCAGGAGGCCCCAUUAGCUAAAGUGGUACCCCAGGUUAAGAACAGUUUCAGAUUAAGAAUGGACCUCCAGAACAAAUUAAGUUCUUAACCCGAGGUACCACUGUAGAGAUGUCAGUGUAAACAUUAAACCAAUCCAAAAUGUCCUAUUCUUUAUACUGCAUAAAACCAAAAUCUCUGCUCAGCUCUUCCACUCCUCACUCAAAAGUCUUUCCUUUCAUUGUUGCUUGUAGGUACUAUUAGCCAUGAAGCCAAAAAGAUCUGAUUGUAUUCUUCUCUUUGUAACUAGGUAUCAGAUUUUAGUGGAAAUAGUUCAAGCAACCACUAUCGGCAGCUUUCCACAGUUGAAAAGGCAAAAAGGUAAGUUGCGUCUUUUCGGGAGGUGUUUAAAACUAGAAAACUUAUAACUAAUUCUUUACAUGGCCAUCUGAGAUUAAGAGUUUCAUGCUGUACCAACUGAGCUAUCCCAUCUGUAAUCUGAGAAUACUGUUCUUACUUUGUUUAUAAGGAAAGCAAACAUAGCGGGGAGGCUACAUUGCAAAAUGCAAGCGGGGUACCACUGUGUAAUAUUGCAUGCCCUCUUUUACCAUCUUGAAAUGAUGUAUAUCAUCCUAGGAUAUGGCCAUUUUUGUUUUGAUGCCAAAUUUGUCUACAUGCAGAGAGAGUCUAAGCAAAUAUUUUCAUUUGAUGAAAAAUGAAGGCUGGUUGAAAACAUGCCUCUCUUAGCCUUCAGCUUUCUACAACAACAAUGGAACCACUUUCAAAACUUUCCCAGCAUUCUAAAUGUUGGUUGAUCCAUUUCAGUUUUGCUUCACGUACAUCAUUUUUAUUUUACUGAGAUGACUGUUCCUUUGUUCAAGACUGGUACAUUUUACUUGCUUUUUGGUUCACUUCUCACAUCUGUCCACUUUAGUUAUUUGGGGACGAAAGGGCAAACUUUUAUGUUGUGGGGUUUUGCCCACUGGCAAUCCAUUGUGAUAAGCACAAUAUCAGUACUGGCAAAUAAAUAACAUAAUAGAAGAUUAAUGAAUAAUGAUAAAUAAAUGGCAUAGUGAGAAUCCCAGAAUAGCAUGCUCAUCCCCCAAAAUCAUUUGAAUGUUUUUGUGUGCCCUUAUGUGGGUUUCUGACGUGCUUCAUUUUACUUCAGUUUCAUUUUAAGUGCAUAAUUUUCUGUUCCAUUUUUGUUACAUACUCUAGUUAUCUUUCUUUUGUUCCUGUUUCUAAAGGCAUGCUUUGAAAUGGGUUACUUGAAAUAGGUUAUUUAUUGCAUAAAAAGCCUAAUGUUGAAAUAGUACUAAAGGCAAAAUAUAAACAGUAGUUGUUGUUAACUUCCCUUUGCAAAGAGCGAGAUAUUUAUGAAUAUAUUCAUUUACUGGAAAGACCAUUUCAUAAGAUACUGAGUGGAGAGGAUACACAAUAGGCAUGAGACUUCUGUUUGUGCUGUGAUUUGUAGGCUCAGAUCCAUGAUUUCCAGGCAUGGGUCCGAACGUUUUUCUUUUGUCCUGCCGCUUUCCCUGGGAAAACCCACUGUUUACUUGCAGUAUCAUCUUAUCCCAUAUGUGCCCACUCAACUGCUUUGAUCUGUGGAAUUGGCAUGGACUGUUACAAAUCCCACAUAAUACUCAAUUUGUACUUAUAAGAAAUCAGUCUUUUAAGCUCCCUAUCAGGGAGGCACCCUCAAUGUACUUUUUUCAGCACUUGCUUAUAACAUUUGCGUAGGCAAGAUGUUGAUGUAUUUUAUCUCUUUUUACUGUACUGUUAAUUUUAAUUAUCUUUUGCAGUCGUACCGUGGAAGUUGAACAGAAUCUGUUCUGGAAAUCUGUUUGAUUUCUGAAACGUUUGGAAACCAAAGCGCAGCUUCUGAUUGGCUGCAGGAAACUCCUGCAGUCAAUCGGAAGCCGCAGAAGCCACGUCGGACGUUCGGCUUCUAAAAAUAGUUCGCAAACCAGAACAUUCACUUCCUGGUUGGCGGUGUUUGGGAGCCAAAACGUUUGAGAACUAACCUGUUCGAAAACCAAGGUACAACUUUAUUUUAUUUUUUUCCAAUUCUUGUUUAAAGGUUUCUUUAAACGACUUUAAUAUUUCUUGCAAACCACUUGGAGGUUUUAUUCCAGUUGAGCAGUAUAUACAUUUCAUUAAAUAAAAUAAAGAAAUAGUACCCAACAAGAAUUCAUUUCUGCUAGCAAGCAGAAAAUGCAUACACUGGGUUACUGAUUUUUAAAUACAUGUCCAAACAGUUUGGGCUUGGGCUCAUGCAGACUUCCGUUUGUGCUGUGAUUUGUAGGCACAGGUCCAAGCAGAGUUUGUCCCUGCCACUUUUCCUGGGAAAACACAUUGUUUACAGCUGAAUCGAAACAAACAAGCCAAUAGUAACACCUUGACCAUGACCUGGUAACAAAUGAGCAGAGGUGUUAUAAGCUCACUGAACCAGCAACUAUACUGCAGCAUUCCGCACUUAACUGCAGUUUGGAGGCCAAGUGCGAGGGAAGCGCCACAUAGAGUGCAUUGCAGUAAUCCAGUCUUAUAAUCACCAGUACUCAAACUACUGUGGUUUAGCUCUCCAAGUCCAGGAAUCAGGUUUCUAGAAUUCAUAUUCGGGAAUACAGUUAUUAAAGACUCAGUGGGUCUGUGCUGAGAUAGCAAAUGGUGCCCUUGGAUGUUUUUAGUGUCGCUAAUAACAUUUUAACUACAGUUGUACUUCGGAAGUUGAAUAGAAUGCGUUCCGGAAGUCUGUUCAACUUCCGAAACGUUUGACUUCCAAAGCACGGCUUCUGAUUGGCUACAGGAAGCUCCUGCAGCCAAUCGGAAGCCGCGGAAGCCCAGUCAAACGUUCGGCUUCCAAAAGAACAUUCGAAAACUGGAACGCUCACUUCCGGUUUUUGAUUGUUCGGGGGCUGGAACCUUUGACUUCCAAGGCGUUCGGGAGCCGAGGUAUGACUGUACAGUGGUACCUCAGGUUACAUACGCUUCAGGUUACAUACGCUUCAGGUUACAGACUCCGCUAACCCAGAAAUAGUGCUUCAGGUUAAGAACUUUGCUUCAGGAUGAGAACAGAAAUCGUGUUCUGGCGGCGCGGCAGCAGCAGGAGGCCCCAUUAGCUAAAGUGGUGCUUCAAGUUAAGAACAGUUUCAGGUUAAGUACGGACCUCUGGAACGAAUUAAGUACUUAACCUGAGGUACCACUGUACUACUACUUCUUCAUUAAAAAAAAGGGUUGCUGCAAGCCAAGUUGUUGCUUUUUUUUGCUACAUGGUCCACUAGAAUGUCCUUCCCCUCCGAAAUCCCCUCUCCCUGAGCUGCAGGUAAGAAUCCCUUACCUCAAAAAUGCGUCAGUGUUUCUUUCUUCAUAGCAGCUUGCUUGACAUUUGCAGCAAAUGGCCAUUAGGAUGACAAGCUGACAACUAAUCUCUCUCAUUACGUCCUUUUUAAGUACCCCCUCAGCAUGAUUAGAAAGAUUGCUGCAAAGAACACUGAAUGUGUGUCACAAAGCCUCUUCCGUGCAGCUUUUAGAAUUGAUUGCACAUCUCCCUUCCUUCCUUGACAGAAAAUGGAGCGCUCUCCAAUUUCCAUCAUCCUGUGAAAUUACUAUGGGCUUCUGUUGAAAUAAUACUCCCUGUGUCUUCUAAAGAAGAAAAAUACUUUUAAAAAGUUUAUAUAACAAACUAACAAUAGUUUUUUUUAAAAGGUCUUCUCUACUUGGUGUAUCUGCAGCCCAGGCACAUACCAUUGGCUACCAGUUGGCCUGAUAUCACUUUGCCACUCUAUGUUUUAUAUAAUGUGUUUGUUUUAGCGUUUCAAAUUGUAAACCAUCUUGAGUGCCUUAGGAGAAAGGCGGUAUGGAAAUCAAAUCAAUAAAUAUUUACUUAAUUUUGUGGCAGACCCUGAGCUUACAGUGCUACUGUCCCAUGUUCAGGGGAGUGCAGCAACUGAGAGCUGUGUAUUUUUCAAACCACUUCUGAUUCUGUAUGUAAAUUUUAUAGUAUUUAUAGUAUUAAUUUUUAUAGUGUUCUAUUUGGCUUAGAAGGAAAAAUGGAAGGUAUAUAAAUUCAAUAAAAAAUAAUAAGUUUCUGCAGAUCAGCAUUGCAGGCUGCAACUCUGUAUAAGUUCUUUAUACCUCACAGAGACUUGCUUCAAACUAGACAUAUAUAGGAUUGCAUUUUAUUUUGAAUUUUUCCAGAUAUUUGUUUACCAUAUCCUUGAUUUUCCAGUUCAUUGAUACCAGGCAAUAGUGGAGGCUGCUGAGGGUGAACCAAAGGGAUAUGGAAUUUGUUAGGGUGUUGUUAAGCUGGAAAAGCAUGCUGGAGACACACACACCCACACCCACACACACACACACACACACGCCUCUUGUUUGUUGGCUUUAUCUCUGUCUCUUCAAACCACAGUUUCCCAUCUGAGUCACAACUGUGAUUUAAAUAUCAAGCUUAUUGAUCAAGAUCUUGAUAUCUGUGUAUAUUCUGUUUCUUGACUUUUCUUAUGCAUUUUUGUAGAAUGCAAAAAAUCUUUAUGGAAUACUCAUUUCUACUCAGUUGUUGUGGAAAAAGUUAGCUGUGGACUUGUGGCAGACUGGAGACUUUUGGAAGAAUGGGAAGGUGGCAUAGGGGAAGGUGGUAUUCUCAAAUUUCAGCCAACCAAGUGUUUUCAAGAGAAGAUCUGAUGCACAGUCUUGAAUUACUUGUUCUUUUACCCACUUGGUUAUGGGCCAGAAAAAGAUCCUUGUUGUACUUUUCUGUAUGAGAAUAGCCUUCACUUUCAAAAUUUUGACAAAUACUCCACCUGAGGUCAUUUCUUCUUCAAAAGAUCUUGCUCCCUCAGAGCUUAAGAGAUUCAGAAUCAGUAACUGUUGGAGGCUACGCAGUUUCUUCCACUUGAAUGUUUCAGUGUAAGUAGGUACAAUUUGUACUAGCUUUUUAAGUCGAUGCGAAAAAGUGCACUUCUGUGUGUACAGGAACCAAUUUGUACAGCUUAAUCGUUUAGGUGUGGGUGGUGAAGGAAUUUCAAUUUUUUAGUAUUUUGAGUAGGCAUAAAUAUGCUACUCUUCAUUUUUGCAUUUAUACCUAUGAGAAACACAUUCAUAAUAAAAAAUACAAAAAAUGUUGCAUAUAUCCAGUUUUGUAAAUAUACUCGGUAGAAUAGGGGCUGUUCGAAAUGUUUGAAUUCUGUGAUUAAGACAUGGACUAGAAUCCAUGAAAGCUGAUGCUGUAAUAAAUUUGUUAGUCCUCAAAGGUGCUGCAAGAUUCUUUUUUUAAAAGUAUUGUCUUGACUUCUCUACCUAUAAGAGUGUGAUGAUAGAUAGCACUCAGGUUUUAUACAAGUUUUGGGAAGACUUUAGCCCUGUAGUCAGACCAGAAUGCCAGAAACUGAGAAGCCCACUCUCUCAGAGUGCAGGUGGGGAUGCAGAAUAGUUUAGUAGUCAUUGCUAGGAAAAAAGCAUUUUGAAAAGCUUUCCUACCUCUCACCGACACUUACUUUAUGCCUUGGGUUUUAAUUUCUUGCAGAUUCUCAUCAGGUGCUGUUGCAGUUAACUUUUAGCUUUUCUGUCAGAUAUAGCAGUGCAGAGUUUGUGCAGCUCCCAAAAUGUGACUUUUUAUAGUGUUCUUAAAAACCUUCAAAACAAACUAUGAUUGACAUUGGAGAUCAUAUUAUUGAUGGUUGCUGUUCAAAAAAUAUUUUGAGGUUUUCAGUUAUAUUCCGCUGUCUAAUAAUGAUGUAUUAUGGCCAAAAGGUUCUAGUUAGGAUGCGUUGUUAUGAAAAAAACAAACCACCUUGAUUCUGUGCCUUGAGGAUAGAUCAAAGGGAUUGAGGGGGGGAAAUGCUUAGGUGUUUAAAUUUCAAAUUAUUAUUUAUAAUAGCUCAAAAAGUAUUGUAUUGUAAAUCAUUUGGGGAUGCCUCGUGGGAAGCAAUAGAUAAAUAAAAAGCAAACAAUAACUUGCGAAUUCCAAACACUAUGUUUUGAAUUUAUUUUUUGCAUCUUGGGCACAGUAUCAAAGUUUUUCUCUUUCAUCCAUUUUGAAUGUUUGGAGGAGAAAGGCUUUUAGGUUGUUGUUUUUUUAGCCAGUGUUGUAGGGACUUGUCCACAGUUGUCCAGGGCCUUUUCCACUUUACAUGCAGAGUUUUUUGUGAAUUGGGUAUUUGAUUUGAACCCCAUAUUUAAAGAGGGAAAGGUCCAGAAUAACAGGACACCUCUACUUUUAUGGGGAAGGCAGGCUGGUGUGAUUCCACAUUUGUGGACAAGCCAUAGAACUGGGAAGGCCUAGGCUCAAAUCUUGAAUAUAAAGUUAACUGGCUGAUCUUGGGCCAGUUAUUUUCAGUCCCAGUCUUACAGGUUGUUGUGAGGAUGUGCCAGGCAGAAUAUUCUGCACCAGGCAGAAUAACAUGAGAACUGUGUGCGCCACAUAACCUGUCCUGGACCCCCUAAACUAGACUUUUGUUUCAGAUUAAGUUGCUACUGUAUUUGACAUCUGUAUGUGAACUGCCACCUUCCCCUUCACCUCAGGCAGCAAAAUGUCUUGGUAAGAGAGAGAGAGAUGAACCAUGUAUGCUCCCUUGGUUUUCGAACAGCUUAGUUCUUGAACAUUUUGGCUCCCAAACGUCACAGACCUGGAAGUGACUGUUCUGGUUUGCGAACUAUUUUUGGAAGCCAAACAUCCGACGGGACUUCCGCGGCUUCCGAUUGGCUGCAGGAGCUUCCUGCAGCCAAUCGGAAGCCCGCACCUUGGUUUACGAACCGUUUUGGAAGUCGAACGAACUUCCGGAACGGAUUCCUUUCGACUUCCAAGGCUUCAGUACCACUGUAUUUGUAACUUGUAUCUCGUGGACUUGAAGUUGGUUAGCAGUCAUUUUGCGAGAAGCACCUCUUGUGUGCCCAAGGUGAGCUCCUAAUGUACGUAAAGUACCUGAAGCGUAUAAAGGAGGCUAAUUAAUGCAUCACUUACUAUUCUGUAAUUAGUGCUUUGCAGUGGUUCACUUUUUAUUAUGGCAGAUGUGUUUUCGCAAGUGCAGAUUUUUUUGGUUCUGGUUGUGAUCAGGCAUUUAUAUUCUUUUGCUAAUUUUGUAAUCUCUUUCUUGUAGUUAACAGAGGGUUUAUUUAAAUAUCUUCAAUUAAUACUCUGUUCUGUUACUGAGCUAAAUGGAGCAAAACUAGCCUUGAGAACCAUGUUAGGCUCCCUGAAGGAAACACCUGUUUUCUUUCAUCUUAAAACACAUGUGUCACUGGUUGUUCUGAAAGUUCAUCUGCAUAUUUUUAGACAUUUGUAUAAACAAAAUUUAAACUGUAGCACAAAGAGACUUCCUGAAUUUUGCCUCAAAGAACAAUUAAAACCUGCUCAAAUGGUUUCCUGGUUGAUCAGAACUGUUGUAUUAUAAAAACAGUAUAACUCUCCCAUCUGUUCAUGGCCGCCAGAACUGAUCUGAAUGUUUGAGGCAUGUUUUCAUCCAGCAAGAUCAAUAAUAGUUGGCAAACUUAUAUUUCAUAGCUUUGUUGUUGUCGUUUAGUCGUGUCCGACUCUUUGUGACCCCAUAGACCAGAGCACACCAGGCACUCCUUUCUUCCACUGCCUCCCACAGUUUGGUCAAACUCAUAGCUAGGUUAAAUUUGAUUAUACAGUGGUACCUUGGUUCUUGAAUAUAAUCCGUUCCGGAAGUCCAUUCAACUUCCGAAACAUUUGAAAACCGAGGCACAGCUUCCGAUUGGUGCAGGCGCCCUGGAAACAAUAGCCAACAGCCGAUCAGACAUUCGGCUUCUGAAAAACAUUCGAAAACUGUAACACUUACUUAUGGGUUUUUGGUGUUCGGGAGCCAAUUUGUUCGUCAACUAAGCUAUUAGAGAACCACGGUUCCACUGUAAUUAAGAAAGCUAUCCAUGAGAUCUUGGAAUAUUCCUGUAAAGGGGGGUUAUUUUAAUAAUUUUAGAUUCUAGCAAGUGCCCUCAUCAGUUUGGGAUGGUUGCUGUAGAAACAUCACUUACAAUUAAACAUGCUUUUUUGUGUGUACAGGAUAUCCUUCACUAUUGAUUUCAGUGUUUCAUGUACAAGGAAGCAAGAGCACAUCCCCCACCCUUGACUCCUUCCUUAUUUUCACCUAAGAUUUACAUACAACUGAUCUUUUGAAAAUUGCUAACUAUGAAAAGAUAAGUGAUUACUGAGAAUGUAGUACUUUCUUUUCUGGUGGGACAAAGUCUGUGGCCAACCUAUAUGGAUGUGCAUUUAAUCGGUUUUGUUUUGAAGAUGUCUCUCUGACCUCACUGUUGCAUGGUCAAGACCCCAAGGCCUCCCCCUUAUGUUGAACAACAACCCCUGGACACAGUAUAUUAGGUUAAAUGGGCAAAUUUGGGCCACAACUUUAUUGGUUACAGAAUGUGAGCGGUAUUGGCUUAGGCAUUGGAAUUGAACCGACUAUAUCUGACUCCUGCCCACCAUGCAGGUAGUCUAGCAAGGGUCAGCCACCAAUAGGGGGAGCCCUGUUGUUGUACAUCAACUAAGAGCGCCCCCAGGGUUCCCGAUGGGGUCGUGGCAUGGCCCUAGCCCCUACCCGGGCUUUGGGCAAGAUCCACACCCCGGAUCCCUUUAAUAGAAUACCCUUAAAAAUGGAGGGGCAGGUGAUGGCCAUACCUCCCCUCCCCCGAACCAGGUUUUACCAAUGCCUAACUGCCAAACCUUACAAAAGUUGUGAUGGUUGCUACGAGGUAGGUGAAAACCAAAUGGCCAGUGCCAGUUUGCCAAGUGGGAAAAUUCCUACCAUGCCCCCUCAAUAGGCAACCAACUGAGAUCCAUAGCAAGGCCAAAAUGUUGAAUGGGAAGGGGUGUGUGAUGCGGCCAGGGUCUCCCCGAUGACAUGGGGGCUUAGACCAGCCUCUGCUGUGUGUGGGAGGCCACAUGGCCUGCCUGAAACACCACCCCACCCGGAAGUGGAGUGGCCUUAACAAUUCUCCUCCCACAACAUCUGAUGAAGUCGACUGUAGCCCAGAAAACCUUAUGCUGUAAUAUGUUUGUUGAUUUUUAAGGUGCCACAAGACUCUUAGAUGUUUCAGGGGUGAAAAUAAUAAUAAAAAGCUAACAUGUAAACCGUUUAUGAACAAUGCAUUUCUAUGAUGAUAAAAAGUGUUGUGGACCAAUAAGGUUUAUUAGUCAGCUUGCACAAUUUGUAUCUCUGUUAGCUGUUUGUGGCAUAAAGGAAAAAACCGAAAAGCUACUUUUGUGAACUGUUAUACCUUGGCACUAGGAGACAAUCCUGACUUUUACCACAAGUUCUUCUUUUAUUUUUUAAGCCAAGACUGCUAUAUGGGUCCAUUCUUCAAAAUUCAUUAUAUGUUGACAUGCUGACCUUUUUAAGUUCAAAAAGUUAAAUUUUUAACAAUUGUUUUUGAUAGAGAGUAAAGGUAAAGAAACGGCUGCAAUGAAAGCUGACCAUCUGAGAGCCCGGAACAUGAAGAGGUAUAUUAACCAGCUAACUGUAGCAAAAAAGCAGUGCGAAAAGCGAAUACGGCUUCUGGGAGGUCCUGAUUAUGACCAGCAAGAAGAUGGCAUCUUUGAUGAUAGUGAUGGCCCACAGAACCAGAAGGUAGGCAUGCUGGCUCUCUGUGUUUGUUUGUUUGUCCUUCCUUCCUUCCUUCCUUCCUUCCUUCCUUCCUUUCUCCCUCUCUCUCUCUUUCUCUGUGGGUGGUGGUGAUGCAGCUUCUUCUGCCUCAUGUUAUAGGACCUGAUUGGAAGUAAAUGCAGGCAAACUGGAGGAGUCUCCGUACUUCAGCAGCUGUUUGCACAAAGGAAAGAUUGUGGCUUUUUUAACCAAUGCAGAGAUUUAUCUCUCCCCCCCCAAAACAUUCUAUACUUGUUAUCUUUCACUUCCUUUGGAAAGUUCAAAAUAUCUUAUGUGAGGCUGCUAUCAGGGACAUUGGCAAGGCCUGCACCUGACUCUCUCUGAUGACUCUAGCACCGUUCACAAAUAUUGACUAGCUUCAAGAGCCAGCUGGAAUUUUUUGCUUGCUGUUGACCCUUGCUCUCCAUAAAGUGGGAGCACGGAGGUCUUCGCUGCAGUGCUGCUCUUGAGUUUCAGAGGAGCCGGGAGCACCUCUUGAAGCCCAGUGUAACCGUGCAGGGAUUUGUCCUCAUCACAUUAAAUUUGUAGAGACUGUGACCUUGCCAGUGCUUCUAUUUCUGCUUCCCAAGGCUAAGCACAAGGUCAGGGGAUUCCCCAGGCAUCGUCAAACUUUGGAAGAAUAGAGAGAAACUUCCAGACACCACACUGACUAUGGAAAGCAGUGUGGAGUCUCACUGAUUCUAAAGCUCAACACGAGAUCCAGAAGAUACCCUUGUUCUGUAUUCUUCAAGUGUUGCAGAACUUGCAAACAAGGGUGCAAGUCCCUAAAAGCUUAUACUCUGCCAGAAUUACAUUUUUCAUGUGGCUAUUUCUGUAUGAUAUUCUCCCCCCCCCUGCAGUUUUAGUGGAAACCUUUUGGAAAUUAUCAAUUUCUUUGGAAAGCCUUUAAAAGCUGGGACUCUUGUUCCACAGUCAACAUAUUGGUACUCACACUACAGGCCAGAAUGGCCCUCUUUCCUUAUAAAAAUUGUGCUCUAUUAAAAUGUAGUAUAUAAUUUUAGUAGCUUACUUAGUCAGUUUGUCAAAUAUUUUGUCAUGAAAUAUAUGUGAAUCAUAUAUUUGGGCACACGGUUGGCAUGGGAAAGAAACUCCACAUUUCAUAAUAAAAUCAAACAAUUUAUAUGUUGCAGCUGUGCUUUGGCAGAAUAUUUGAGCAGCAAAGGUUGUCCUAUGCUGACUUCACAGGUAACAAUAAGGACACUACCCCAGUCAACACAAAUUGUCAUGCUUCCAGGUAAAUGUGGACACGAUUGGACUACAUGGCUGCAAUUCUGUGUGCAUGCAUUUAAAAUUAAGUCUCCUUGGAUUCAGUGGGACUAAUUCUGAGUAAACAUACACAGGACCAAGACUGAAAGGUUCAUUAUCUCAACUCUCAACUCCUCCUGAGAUGCGGCAGAGUUAAAGGGCAACUGUUGAAUUUUCAUCCCUGAGUUUGAAGCUACUUGACUUUAAAAAGCUUAAAGGGACACACCGUAGCUGUGGACUAGCUCUAAAAUUAGAUCUUCUAGUUCAUAGCUAAUCACGUGACAGGAUUCUUGCCUGUGUCCCAGCAUAGCUGUCUGCUUUCAGUUUAUUGCAGGGCACCAAGGGUACUGGAAUUUCCAAGACCUUGUGAGAACAUUUCAGCCUUGUUCAAGGACUAUACAAAUUUCACAUGCUUGGAAGAGAAGGCAUUUUAAAAACUGUAUCUGUGUUGACUGCAGUUCUAAGCAUCUUACUUGGAUGCAGCGUCUACUGACAACAGUGGGUCUUGUUUCUGAGUAAAUGCAAUUAGGAUUGUGCAAAAAUUUGGUAAAACUGGCACGAAUGCUUGCAGGCAAAGCAUAAAAACCACAGCCUCUUCUACCAUGAUAAUGAUACAUCUAAUUCAUUUUUUAAUUCCUUUCUUGCUUUAAAGCAAGUCAAUCUGUGAAGAAAUAUUUGAAAACGAGUACCACUUCUGACAGUACUGAAUUAAUAAAGUACAACGAGAGCGCCAGUGAUUGCAUUGCGAUAAUAUUUCAGACUGAGUUGUGUUUUUGCUUUUAUUAUCCUGUGGCAUUUUUUUAUAUGCCCUUGGAUUUGACUCCCCCUGCCUUGGGGAUUUAGAAGCAUCUAAAUAGGUUUAGAGGGAAUGAGCUAUUUAAACAAGCGGAUGAAAUAUAUAGCGGCUGAAUUUAGUUUUAAGAUGGUUAGCAGUAAGAAUCACUGGAGGGAGAGUGGCUUUCUACUUCCUUCCAUUUAAAGAAAAAAAAGAAUCCUUCAAUAACUGUCAAAUCUGUUUACCUGGUACGCAUAACAAAUUCCUCUUCAAAGAGUCCAGUUUACAGAGACGUUGACAUUUUUAAGAGUAAAUUGAACGUAUAGAGAAAAAGGGAAGGGCAAGAAGAGUCAAGUAGAUGUUCUGGAGUGGCCAGAACAAGAUUUUUAGCCCCUUUUGUUCCAUUUUAGCUUUGGAGAGCCAGACAUUGCCAAACAUUUCCAUGCCUUUUCAGUACCCUGCCAGUCUGAGAACAGGGUGUUGGGCUUCUCCAAGGCUAGGUUCAAUGAGGUAGGGUACAUUUUGCUAUGAAUUCCCUGCCCACCAGGUACAACGUGUCCCCCUUGUGGUGGCUUGGGGCUGUGCAAAAGGAGUCUAAAAUGGUUGUGGUGGGACCUCCGGUGCACACGAGUGGCACCUGUUUCCCACUCUGCAUCUUUCGUGCAUAGAGAAAAAGGCCAGGCCAGGAAGAAUUGGGUACACGAAGAAGAAGAAGAAGAAGAAGAAGAAGAAGAAGAAGAAGAGUUUGGAUUUGAUAUCCCGCCUUUCACUCCCUUUAAGGAGUCUCAAAGCGGCUAACAUUCUCCUUUCCCUUCCUCCCCACAACAAACACUCUGUGAGGUGAGUGGGGCUGAGAGACUUCAGAGAAGUGUGACUGGCCCAAGGUCACCCAGCAGCUGCAUGUGGAGGAGCAGAGACGCGAACCCGGUUCCCCAGAUUACGAGACUACCGCUCUUAACCACUACACCACACUGGCUCUCUGGCUCCAGGGCUAAUUCAAGGUGCUCACAUUAAUGUUUGAGGCUCCAGGGCUAAUUCAAGGUGCUCACGUUAAUGUUUGAAGCCCUAAACGACUCAGGUGCCGAAUUUUGGAAAGACCAUCUGCUUCCCUAAGGCCCUCUCAGGUGCUAAGAACAGCAGAGGGGGCUUUCUUGGUUGUGCCAUUGCAUUCAGAAGUUCAUGGUGGUGGCCUGCAGGAGGACAUUCUCUGUGGCAGCACCUAAGUUGUGGAACCUUCAUCUGGCACCUUCUGAAUGGCACUUCUCAUUGAAUGCUCUCCUUACCCUAGCCUCUAAAACAUAACCCUGAGAUGUAUACUUUAAGGAUGCAUCCUAUUUUUGUGAUAGUAAGUUGUUUUAAACUGGUUUUAAUGUCGUAUUUUUAAAUUGUGGCAACCCUCCUUGGGAACUUAGGGUGUAGGGUAGGUAAAUAAAUUAAAACAACCACCAACAUUAUUAUUAUUAUUAUUUAUUAUAGGACACCCCUGCAGGGCUCCCCUUCUACUAACAAGGUGGCGCUCUUGCAUGCAGUCUCUGCAGCUGCAGUUCCACAUUCCUUGUUGCUGGCUAAAAAUCAACCACCAUCUCUCAGCCAAAUCUUACCAGCUACCUGACAGCAUUGCUGCUAACAGGAAGGAAGAGUUCAAUUUCUUUUAAUCAACACUGAAGCUAUAGCUGAUUCGGGUGGUGAAAUGAACAGGGACAACCAUAUUAUUCUGGGGUCUUUCAGGAAAUACUUUGAGCCUCCAAAACAGAUGUAUUUUUUUCAUGCUGAACAUUUUGCUUGCCCCUCCAGCCACUAGAUUUUGGUUACAGAUAGCAAAUCAGCAGGCAUAUAACUGUGCUGAUAAGGAACACUUUAGAAGGUUUAUUUCCCUCCACUCCAGUUAAGUUGCUUCUUGAGUUCUUGGUUAGAGCAUGUUGGAUCCCAAGGUUCAUUGUUUCUGUACUGUAACAAUUGCAGCACAGCAGUGGAUUCCAGUGUCUCAUUUGCAGCUCAGCGUGAAGCUAUAUGAGCUAGUGCUUAAGCUGUUAAUGCUCUAGUUUCAGACAUGUUUGCUGGGAGCAAGUCCUGUCUAUUUAUUUGGGACUUAUUUAAAGGUAAGCACGCCUAAGAUUGUCCUGCUGGCCGUUUUACACAUAACUGCUAUGGCUCCAGAUUGCAAAACUAAAGGUGAGGUGAGGAAAAGCUCUUCAACCAGGAAAUUGUAUAGAUUAGAAGUGGAGUUGGGGGCUACUCUUGCAUAUGGAGCCAUCAGUGACACAGAAGAGAAUGGAAGAAACUUUGCACAACUCGGGGCUCUACUAUAUGGAGGAGUUCUGCAAAAUUCAUAGAACUUCUGGAUUGGGUGAAUGAGUCGCUCUUUCUGAAGAUACACAAAGGAAAAUUAAUAUAGUGUGUUCCUUAAUUCCUUGUGUAAAUAAUUGGUGUGUGAUCAAGUAGGCCAUUGUCUUAGCAGUUGUGUCAUGAACACUCAUGAAAAUUGUCUUUAAGGCUGUGCAACAUAGCGUACCUUCGCACCAUUUUUUAAGAGGUUAACAGCAGAAUACUAUAUCUGCUUCUUUGGAAUAAACAAAUUCUUAUUAUGUUUUUAGUAUUUGGUUGUCUAUCCAGAGAGCUGUGUGAUGAGCUGCUGAGUUAUUCCCCCCAAUUUCUGGAUACAAUUCCUUACUACAAAGACACUUUUCCUUGGAACUGGGGGGGGGGGGAAUUCAAAACUCGUGUUUGUCCAGCCCUUUGAAGGAGUUUGAAAUGGUUUAAAACGGAGGUGCUCAGAAAGACCUUCUUUUUUUAAAAAAAAUGUUUUGUGCAGUUAUGUAUCAACUCCUCCCAGGGACCAUAUAGAGAGGGGUAGGUUAUAAAUGUAAUUAAUAAAUAAUAAAUUAAAACGGCUUCCAACACAGUACAAGGAGCUGCUGCUGUUGCUGCUGAACCUAGUAUACACAAAAACAUUCUUGCAUGUACUAAGAGGGGUCCUUGUGGAGAUGGCACUGAUGAUCUCUGCACCCAUGAAACAUUUUUAAUGUCUCCCGAGAUUUUUAUCAGAGUGCUGGGGAAAUGGUAAGGUAUAAAAAACAAUGAAUCCAGAAUCUUGGAUUAUCUCUGCUGAUCAUUCCAGCCUUAAUCCACUUUGUCAAUAAUAAGUGCGCUUAAUGAGGUUUGUAACCUGUGAACUAGAUUAGUUAAUUGAAAUAAUGUCAUUAAUUGUCCCCCUCCCCCCUCCAGAUUCUUCAAUUUGAGGAUAUUUUGUGCAACCCAUCCUACAGAGAGCACUUCCGAACAUACAUGGAAAGAGUGGAUAAGAGAUCUUUGAUCAGCUAUUGGGAAUGCGUGGAAUACUUGAAGAAUGCUAACAAGGUACAAAGUAGAUAAACAUAUGUCAUACCUUGUUAUUGGAAAUAAUUUUUGGCAAGACUUUUAAUUGUAAACCAGUGUUGUAUAAAAAGUUGGCAUUGGCUUUAGUAUUCAAAUUGCAUAUAAACUGCUCCUAGAUAUUUUAUCAGUCCAGUCAGUUGUGCUGGUGUGGCAAAAAUCAGGCCAAAUUUAAAAAUCAAUUCCCUGUUUCAUGAAAUGAGUGAAGAAAAUGGACUGUUCGAAAACAUAAACAGUUAACACUUAAUCUUCCAGAUCACUGGUAUUUUUUUAAUAAUGUUUUUAGUGUUCACAUGCAGAAGUCUGCUGCUGUGAUCUCCCUACCAUGUGUUGCUGAGGAUCAGCAAUAUGAAAAGGAAUAAAGAAACAUCUGCAUGGGGUGUGAUCCUUCUUGCUUUCUGUUUGAGUAUGCUGUACUGUGGAUUAUGAUUAUAAUUAUUUGCUUGUAUUUAAUAUUUAAAACCAAGGGUCAUUCUUCAGAGAACCGAAUAGGAUAAACAAGCAUAUAUUUAACUGCAUGGUUCUUGAUUGUGAUGGAUGCAUCUCUUCAUGUUGGUUUUUCUUCCUCCUUAGGCUGAAAUACCUCAACUUGUGAGUCAAAUCUAUCAGGAUUUCUUUGUAGAAGGCAGAGAGAUUACUGUGGAAAAGUCACUGUAUAAAGAGAUACAGCAGAGCCUUGUAGGCAACAAAGGCAUUGAGGUGUUUUACAAAAUCCAGACUGAUGUUUAUGAAACACUGAAGGACAGGUACUACCCAUCGUUCCUUGUCAGUGAUUUGUAUGAGAGGCUGAUCAAGAAGGAAGAAGAGAGAAGUACCGUUCAGAUGACAUCUGACGACAAAGAUGAAGUGGUGAGUGAUGCUUACAGAUGCCAUGGAAGAUAAACUGGGUAAAAAACUUGAAUAUUUGAUAGCAUAAUAAUGUUGGGGGACAUGGAUCAUAAGCACUGGGGGAUCAGACCAAAGGUCCAUCUUAGUCUAUCAUUGUUUCCAACCGUGGCCAGGCAGCAAUAGCUCUUCCUACUAUUGCCCCAACAACUGGGUGUGUUGUCUCUGAACCUGGAGCUUCCAUUUAAUUAUUUUGGCUAAGAAUAAGUGGUAGACACAUCUUCCAUCAAACCCCUUUUAGGGCAGCAUUCAUGGUCCUUUUCCCACAUGAUGUUAACUUUCACAACAACCAUGAUGUAAUUUAGGCUGUGAGAUAGUGGCUGGCUCAAGGUUAACCUGUGAGCUUUGUGAUUUGAGGAGGGAUUCAAACCCACAUCUCAUUCUAGUCGGCACAGUUAUUUACGUACUUCUGCUUAGACCAUGUGUGUUAAACCAGGUAGUCAAGUUAAUGGAUUAUACUUAAACAUAUAUUAAUCACUGUUGGCUAUCCAUACUUUCUCUUCUAGAACCAAGUUUGUGAAGAAGUUAUUGAUGAAGGAAGCUCCGGAAUUAAUGAGCAGGCCAGUUACGCUGUGAAUAAGCUACGCCAGCUAAAUGACAGACUUGAAUAUAAGAGACAAGCUCUAAAUUCUCUCUGCAGUUCACCAAAACCUGACAAAAAGGUUUGUGGCUUUGUUAUUUAUAUGCAUUAUACUAGCAGACUGUGUUUCAGAGUAGACAUGUAGAUAGACUCUAGAGAGCUUUCACUUCAAAAAAUAAUUUGGAAGGUGCUGUUUUCAAGGCUUCUCAUUAGCCACUGAUUGUUCUACAAAGGCAUUGAUAUACAAUCUUUAAUAUUGUUUCCUUCUCAGCACCCUAAAAAUCUGAUCUUAGCAAUUUAUGCAGGUUGCAGUGUUGUUCUGUCAGUGAAUAUAAGUACAUAUGUAGCUGUCUGACACAGAAUCAGAUCUUUGAUUGCUUAUAACCCAGUAAUUGUCAGUUCCAGCUGAUCCUGGUUCUUCUCCAAGGACUCAAGCAUAGAUCUUUCUCAAAUCUAUUACCUGAUAUUCUUUAACUGGAGAUGCCAGAAAUUGAGCUCUGGACAUUCUGCAUGUAAAGCUGGUGCUCCACUGCUGAACUAUGAACUUUAGUGACAAUGUGGAAUAGACAGUGGGGCUUUCUAGCAUUUCUGAAAUGCUGCAUGAGGGUCUAUGGGCCUUUUGGAUGGCAUAGAAUCAAACCUGCAUUCCUGCCUGCUUCUCCAGUUCUGCACCAGUGCUUGCUCUUUGGUUUGGUAAAUGAGACACAAAAUGAUACCAAGUCCUAGAUGUUGGCAUGGAAGGUCCUGCCUUGUGGGUUGUUUGCAAUAUCACAGGAAAAUAUUAUUCGGUGCUUUGCAGCUGUGUUGAGAAAAGUUGCCACAUGGAAUUAAUCUGACGUGUUUACUGGUAUAACAGUAAGAACUGGUUUUUGUUCUGAUAUGAGCAAUCAAGGGGAUAUCAAACCUCUUUAAUUUUAAAAUACUUGGCAACCGUUCCAUGACUUCAUACAGCAAGAGGACCAUGUUCACAAUCUGCCUUUGACACAUGGCAGUCUGUGGAGAGUUCUACUAAACUAACCUCUGGAGUAAGACGUUGUCAAAUGACCCAGAAGUUUUUAAAAUUUUUAAUUUUUGUUGUUUUAUUGUUGUUACCAUGAGCAAUGGAGAAUCAAUAAAAACACAUAUUUUUUAUGGUAGUUGCUUAUCAAAAAUUGUUGGUAGUUGGUUACUCGUGUAUUUUUUGAUCAAGUAUAAGCCUCUUCUAUUCUAUUUCACUUUUCCUGCUCACAUGAUUCAGUAAAAUCAACCACAGUACCAGCUCAGCACUUUCAGAUCUUGAGUGCAUCCUUGGGCUUCAUACAUUAACAUCAAAAGCAAUGUUACUGCAAUAUAACAACUAAGGCAUGGCUAAGUCAGAUUUCUGCCAACCUAGCAGUUUGAAAGCACGUCAAAGUGCAAGUAGAUAAAUAGGUACCACUCUGGCGGGAAAGUAAAUGGCGUUUCUGUGCGCUGCUCUGGUUCGCCAGAAGCAGUUUAGUCAUGCUGGCCACAUGACUCCCUCAGCCAGUAAAGCGAGAUGAGCGCCGCAACCCCAGAGUCGGUUACGACUGGACCUAAUGGUCAGGGCUCCCUUUACCUUUAGGUCACAUUCCUGGGUUCAUGCAUCUUAUGUGAUGCAUUCAUCUGAAGUCAUGCAAUUGCCACUUGGCCUUUGUUACAGUUUUACAGAUAAACACAAUAUUCUGUGUGUACCCAUAAAAAUAGUGUGUAGCAUAACCAUGCUUUUUAAGGUCCAAAGAUUCCAAAGCCUCUUUACAAUCUAAUUCUGCACCAUGAUGUUGGACCUCUCUGCAUAGAUUAUCUAUUAGGUUGCUGAAUGUGCAUUUUUCCCCAGCUGUCUGACAGCCUACUGUCCCGUCCUGUCCCCCCCCCCCCCGGCCAAAAAAAAAUAUCUAAGUGAAUUAGUGCUGGACAAUAUCUUAAGUAUUUUUAUUUUUUUUAGUUCACAGCAUCUUUUAAAAACUUUUCUGUAGUGAUUUCCCCCUUCCCUCUAUCUUUCAUGAACUCAGCGCUAAAUCUUCAUUUAUCAUUAUGUUUCAGGGCUUAAUUUGCUUUUCAUUUCUGAACUAUACGUGACCUCAAGCAAAUUAUGCAUGACCUUUUAAGCAGUACUGCUAUGUCAAGACAGAGUCAUUUAGAUGGGGAAUCGGUUUGGGAGCUUUUACUAAAUUCCUUGCCUCUUUCCCUUCCACUGCCUGACAAUUUUUUAUUUCUCUUCCUUAUUGCUACACAUUUUAAUCUGUUUCCUUCAGUACAUGCACCAGAGUGAUGUGUUGCAAUAGUUGUGUAGAUUUUCUUUAAAAAAAGAAAGAAAGGAAGGAAGGAAGGAAGGAAGGAAGGAAGGAAGGAAUAUGAUAACCGGUAAUAACAAGUGGUUUCUCCCCUCCUUGGCAGAUUGUUUCUAAACUGAAGGAUGAAAUCACUCUGAUGGAGCGAGAACAUGGUGACCUUCAAUUGCACAUUGAAAGAACAGAUUGGUGGUGUGAGAAUUUCGGCAUGUGGAAAGCCUUCAUAUAUUCCAGCGAAGUAUGGAUUUUUCCUUCUGUUUUUUUUUUUUUUAAAUAUAAAUAAGUGGAACCUUUCUGUCAUGUAGGUGUGCAUGCAUAUCCUUUUCCAGUAUGAUGAUGAUGAUGUAAUAAUAAUAAUAAUAAAAAUAAAAAUAAAAAUAACCUUUCUCUGUUUUAGGUCAUAGAAGAAAAUGGUGAACAAGUGCCCUGUUACUCUGUCAUGGUGAGUUUACAAGAGAUUGGCAGCGUUGAAGCUAAGGAAUGGACGGUACUCCGAAAGCUCAGCGAGUUUCAAAGCCUACAUAGGAAACUCAGUGAGGUAUGGAGAACAUGUGGAAAUUGCUCUUGCUUAGUUUUAAUAUUCUGUAUGGCCAACUUCUGUAUCCUCUGUCCUCCAUAUUGUAGGGAAGGAGCCAGACAUGUCUGUCAACAAAAACAACAACCUCCUAUCCAGUACCAGGCAGUCAGAUUCAAUAAUAGUGGGAUAGGAGAGCUGGAGGGUGGGGGGUCAGAUCUGGCAACCAAUGCACCCCUUGGGUUUCAGGUAGUACAUGGGUAGACAAGUCUAAAAAGCCUGGGAGCACAAAUUUUGAUUCUCCUCUAGCUCAUUUACCAGAAGUAAUGUAUUUAGCAAUAACUCUGAAAGUGUAUACAUGUACUCGAUUCUGACCACACUAAACCUUCCUAGAGCAAAAUAUAUAUCAGGCGGCUUAGUUUGGUCAGAAUCAAGUUGGGGGUCGUCUUCAUGCGCUCCUGCAGUUCAGAACGUAUCACUCCACUGAUCAUAAGCCCCAUUUUUUUUGUCCCCUUUCCUCUUUUCUGCUCUUGUGAGGCAGAAAAUUGGGCUGUUUUGUUUUCGCUCUCUUGGUGUUUUGUCUCCCUUCUGUUCACUAGAAUCAUUUACUGAUUCUUAUCAGCAACAUUUUUCUGUUCAGGGAACCUGGAAAUUUUCUCUUUGUUGUUGUCAGGGAACUGACAUCAGAGCGGGAGGCGAAGGGGAGGCUCCUAGAUGAUGCUGGAGAAGGACCCAGCAGCAGGGGGAGAAGCAACUCAGUGGAGGGGGAAGCAUUUCAGCGCAACACCAGGAACAAAAGUGAGCAGAUGGGGAAAUCGGAGAGAGGGCUCACGGACUCUUCACUGGAACUCAGUGAGGAGGGGACAGGUCACCCUCUACCUACGCCCACCCUGCGCAGAAGGCUCCCGCGCAGUGAGAGGCGGAGGAGAUUGGGUGUCAAACAACUCUUAUGUUGGAAGAGAUUCAAGAAACGCCCACUGACGGAUUCUGCUAGUGACUGAGACAGUCAUGAUGAGAAAGGGCUGUGCAGUCAGAAAGGUUUAACAAGGCAAAUUAGCCUAGAGAGGCACCAGUUUACGCACGAGUAACUCAUACUCAUCACAGUUGUCUUGUGUUUUUGCUGCUGGUACUUUCACGGGGAGUAUUCCAACCACAGGGUGCCUUCUGUGUGUUUAUUAUUUAUUCACUAAAUUCAUAUCCCACCCUUCCUCCCAAAGGAGCCCAGAGCAGCACCAAACACCAUUAUGUUCAUGUGCCCCCCCCCUGCUCUUUUAAUCUGGUUUUGUUAGAGCAUAGUCCACACUGGCUCUCAACAUCCUAGAAGAGUAUAAGCUUAUAUGCUGUAUCUAAAACUUUUUAUCCUGUGUUCAUGUUAGUUCGGAGAGUUGGCUUAAGCACAUCAAGAGUCAAAGAGGCAUAGCAUGCAAGGCAUACUAUGUGUGCAUGUGAGUGUGAGUGACAGCAGCUAGUGGUAGGAAGGCAUCAUGACAUGUUAAGCUGACACUGAAAGGCAAAGGUGAACAUAGGCUUUGUUCUGUCUUUUUCAUAUACACCUAAAGUAAAUUAUUUUCACAAUAGCUCGUUCUUUUUCCUUCCAACUAUUUGUUGAUUCAUUCUUAUUUUGCCAUUUUUAUUUUGGCUGUAUGAAGGCUUUACAGCUUUCUUCCACUUGCUUAAUUGCACUGACCUUACCCUAUUAUAACCUAUUAUACUCUGCAUUUUUUGCAAGAUGUUCGUUCCAAGGAGCCUUAAGCUGGCAUUGGCUUAUUUCUGCAGCCUAGUACUGCACUUAGAGCUACUCUUUUUGGCUGAUUGAUGGAAUAGUUCCUGCAGGCGAUCAAGGAUACAGGCAGAGAAGCCGAAAACUAGUUCUUCCCUUUCUGACUACCGUAAAUAGAACAGGACAAAAAUAAAGACAGUGUGUAAAUUAAAAUGGAGAAAUAAUUGUGAUUUGCUUUCUUUCCCUGUCCUCCCACCUAGUGCUUCCCAUCAUUAAAAAAAGCUCAGUUGCCUUCACUCAGCAAACUGCCCUUUAAAUCAGUAGACCAGAAAUUUAUGGAGAAGUCAAAGAACCAGUUAAAUAACUUCUUACAGGUAAGAUAUCAAAGAAGCAGCAAUCACAAUAUAUAUAUAUAUAUAUAUAUAUAUCUGUUUUAUUUUACUAACUCAGAAUGGUGCGCUGUCCUUUUUUGCAUGGGCUUUAGAGUAAGGAAUUCAAUUUCUUGAUUGCCUAUUCUCACAUUUCCCCCCAAUGUUUAUUGGCCUUUUCACAUACUGCAAUCCAAAUCCAGAGCGAGCUGAAUUUGAAGUUCUAUUCAUUUCAACUGGGCAUUACUUACAAUUAAUUGUUGAUGCUGAUGUGACUUUAGUAUGACCAAAUCGCUCUGGAUUUAGGCCUAUGUUAUUUAAAUGUAUAACUCAAGGUAUUUUAAGUGCAAACCUGAGCUUAUAGUAAGGUAUGAUGCAUAUGUUUGGAUCUGUUUAAAUGUGCAACUUAGGUUUACAUAUGUUUAGCAUAUCAAAGAAGUACACUUGUCAGGUACACAGAACUGGUUGGUGGUGUCAAACGUGACUUUUCUAGAAUACAGCCCAAUGUAGUGAACAGCUCUUGACACUUGUUCUGGUUGGCUGCGCCUGUAGCCAAUAACAGCUCCUACUUUUCUGUUGCGUUCUCUGGGACAAAUUAGGUAGUCUCUCAGAUGGGCUCCACAUCUCCCACUUCACCUUUCGAUGGAUUCUGUGGUGUUUCAGAAUCCUACCACAUUCUUGCGUCUUACUCAUACCAUCAACCAUGACCAGACUUCAUUAAUCAACCCUUUUCUCGAACCCCAAAUAGUGAUGCAGCUGAAAAUUUUCAAUAGGUUGCUCUGCUGAGCAGUUCAUUGAAGUUCCAAAACUGCUGUUGAAAGCAGUCAAGGGGUUCCAUGCUUAGAAAUCCUUAGAAAAAUGCUUAGGAAAUCCUUUUAGAGUUCUCUUGGCCCUAUAGCCCCUCCCCCAAUGCUUAAGGGACCCCUGACCAUUAGGUCCAGUCAUGGCCAACUCUGGGGUUGCGGUGCUCAUCUCGCUUUAUUGGCCGAGGGAGCUGGCAUACAGCUUCCGGGUCAUGUGGCCAGCAUGACUUAAGCCGCUUCUGGUGAACCAGAGCAGCACACGGAAACACCGUUUACCUUCCCGCCGGAGCGGUACCUAUUUAUCUACUUGCACUUUGACGUGCUUUUGAAUUGCUAGGUUGGCAGGAGCAGGGACCGAACAACGGGAGCUCACCCCGUCGCGGGGAUUCAAACCGCCGACCUUCUGAUCGGCAAGUCCUAGGCUCUGUGGUUUAACCCACAGCGCCAACCACGUCCCCCAAUGCUUAAGUAACUCUUAUUCAGGAUCAAAUAAUAUGUAAAACAUCUUAGUAAUUUCUUUUAAGUACUGUUGAGUGGGGAUGGGAUUUGCUUUAUUUGAUGGUCCCAACUGACCAAUAUGCAAGGAGAGAGAGGGGUGUGCAGCCUGCACAACCACCCAGCUACCCAUUGACAUGCAGCUACUGGGAGAAGUCCAGUUAGCUACUGACCGCACUGGUGGCAAAGCCUACAGAUUGUCCCUUAGCAACUCUCUGAGGCCAUUGUUAGGUAGGUCCACUUCCCACUUAGACGGCACCAGUGUGAAAAGCAUAAACAGGAUGCUUCCCCUGUGCUGUUUUCAAUUAACAUACUUGCCAGGAAUGUGCCUAGGAGCUACUGAAGUGUAUUGAUUCCAGAAAUCACUGCUGAUUUUGUAAACCCUUAAGACUGGCUGACAUCGGCAGUGCUGAUUAGCACUCCUUGCCCUCAUGCAGAGUCUUCAUCUGCUCUGCUUAAAAAAGAAAAUUACAAUUGUGGUGGCUUUUCUUUUUCCACAGAAAUUACUUUCUGAUGAAAGGCUCUGUCAGAGUGAAGCACUUUAUGCCUUUUUAAGCCCUUCUCCAGAACACCUCAAGGUUAUCGAUGUACAGGGAAAGAAAUCUUCUUUUUCACUCGCUUCUUUUUUGGAGAGGCUUCCCGGUGAUUUCUUUUCUCAUCAAGAGGUGAGUGGGCAAAGAGCAAUAUUUACGGUAGAUGAGCACCCAGAAUAAAUAGGAAGCAUCUCAGAUGGAACUAUCUGCAGAAGUAAUUUAAAUACAUGAACUAAUGGACAGCAUAUUAAAGCGCUCUGCCAACUGUAAUGCAGGUUGCCAAUGAAUGUUUGUGCCAUCUCCACAUUUCGCUGGCACCAACUGUUCAAGCUCCAUUGAAAGCUAUUGUGAAAGCCAUUGCGGCUUGUGCCCAGGUACACAAAUCUUAGUGAUUGAAGCACGUACAAUGGCAUGCAUGAGACCCAAGUCUAAGCCAUGCCUUCCCCAGUUUAAGAAUCCUGGGCAGCAAAGCCUAGCCAGUAUUCAAGAAAGCUUCUGUCAAUAUAGAAGCACCAUUGGUCUUAGCAAAUCAAGGUGGCCCCUUCUGCUCAACCUUUCCUACCAUGGCUGUCCUCACUAAUUCAUUGGCAAGAAAGAGUAAGAGAUAAUGGACUAUGGGAGUGAAGAUUUGGCAUUAGCAUAAAACAAGUGGACAGCCUUUGAAUGGCUACAAGAUGUAGAGGCGUAAAUCUGGAUCUGACAGCUGAUUUAUAUAUGCAGGGGCAUUACAUAGUAUCUUCUUAGUUAAAUGUUUAAUUUGAAAUAAUUUGUGAUGCCUGUCUCAGGCAUAUAAAUUCUUGCUGGAGGUGCAGACUUGGACUUGAUGAGCGCAGUGUGGGUGGCUCCACCAUUACGUAGAAGAAUCAGCCUCAGAUUGCUAUCUUAGAUGGGGAGCAAAAAUGGCCGCCAUAAAUUUUGGAACCACCUUUGCCACCCUGUGCUUGUUUGGUUUGUCCAGGAGGAGGCUGAAGACGAUGAUGACCUGUCUGACUAUGGAGAAGAUGUGGAUGGGAAACGGGAUGCCCUUGCUGAGCCUUGUUUCAUGCUGAUAGGAGAGAUAUUUGAGCUGCGAGGAAGUAAGCAGUGGUCUUGUUCAUUGUUGGGUUGGACUAGAUGACCGUGGUGAUGUUCCUUCCAACUCUACAAUUCUAUGAUUCUGUGAGUGCACUCAUCAGGAUGAUAGAAACGCACCACAUUUUCAUGCUCAGUUUUAAUAUGGGAAGGUGGUUUUCUGUCAAAUCAAGCACUUGCGUAUGUAAAAUGUUCUACAUGCACCUCAUUGCAUAGACGUGUGCUUUUUGCAUGUAGCAUUAGCAUGGUUGUGACCUGGGUAGGUGCACUUGCAACAUUUACGCAGGUAAAAUUGUUCUACCCGUGGCCCACAUAAAUCAGGUUUCCUGCACCUCAUUUGCAUAUGUCUUAGUCAUGGUUUAGUGUUAAUGCGCAGCCCCUGUGUUGCAGAAAUAACCCUCUAAAGAAACAUUCUGAAGUUGAGCAUGUUGAGCAGUGUAACUCUUUAGCUAAUUUCCACACGGGAAAAAGUGUAUUAGUGUUGCAUGCUAUAUGCUAAAAUCCUCAAUGUAAAAUAGGCAGUGCUUUUUUUUAGGGGGUACUCAAGGGUACACUAUACCAGCACCUCUUUUUGUUGUUAAAAAGUAUGACACUUACUGUAACAACUUUGUGGUGAGUACCGGUUUUCUAGAAAAAAAGCACUGGAAAUAGGUAGCAAUAAAUAAAUGAGUUUUGAUUCCUGAUACAUUCCAACUAUCUGUGUGCAAAUAAGCACUAGGAAAGAAUUGUUCCCUAGAAAGGUUGGCCAUUUUUAAAAAUUGUCUGGGCUCCCUAUGAAGGCUGCUGAGUAGGAAAAGUCACAUAAUCACUUGUAGUAAUUAAAAGGGCGCAGAUUUUUACGUAGUAAACAGCAUAACGUGAACAUAUACUUAAGAGUAUUUGAGUAGACCCUAUCUGCAUGCUUGGAGUUGACUUCUGUGUGCUGCUUGCUUUUGUUUGUUUUAGUGUUUAAGUGGGUGAGGAAGACGCUAAUUGCACUAGUUCAAAUCACUUUUGGAAGAACCAUCAACAAGUGAGUGCAUUACGAUUUCUCUGCUUCUAGAAUUGUACUCUGAAUCAGCUGCUUGAUGCAGGAACAGCUGACAACAGCACUGACAUGGCUAGCAUGUUUGUUCAGAAACUAGCUUCUGCAUGUUUCUUUGUAUGUAGAAAAGGAAAGUUAAAAUUUCACAAGCUUCGUUUCAGAAUUCCAGACAAAUCUUUCUUAACUUUCCCCGUGUGCCUUGUAUGUCACAAAUCCUUAUGUACUCAGGGCUGAACCAGAAAGCAGGGUGGGUGGGAGAGCCAGGCUUUCCCAAAAUUUGGUGCCAAGGAAAUUCGAAUUUGUGAUCUGCAUCAAUUUGUAUAUAUUUGCUUAUUUUGCAUAAUUCUAAUUAUGUCAGGCAUGGCGGAGAUGAGAGUUACACAGCACAUUGCCAAGCUUAUGAGACUUCAUCAGGCAUGCCCUACAGACUCCCAAACCUGUCCUUGCAGCUUUGGAGAUUAGAAACUUGCCUGCCCCCCCCCCCUUUUAAAUGAAAGCAUAAGAGUUUCAGGAUGCUGAAUUCUUCACCCAGUAUUAGAUGUAGACACACAGUGGUUGCAUUGAAAUAUAAUGUGACUAGAAGCCACCAGAGGGGGCAUGAGAAUGGAGGAUUUCUAGCUAUUUGUAUGUUUCCAUAGAACAGUGCUUCUCAAACAUUUUGAAGUGGGAUUCACCUCUACCUUUUUUUUUUAAAAAAAAAUAAACCUCUGCUCCCCCCCCCAACAAUACAGUACUAUCACAGUUUAAGUUAAAACUUAAAAAGUUUGUAUUUUAUACGUAGUUAAUAUUAUUAUAGCUGCAUUUAUGUAUAAUUUUAUUAUUACUGCCAAUUAUUGUUUUACUCAAACCUAGUUUUCACUGCUUGCUGCUGUCCUGCUCCUAGCUCUCUCUUCCCCCUUUUUAUUUUCCAAAUUUUAGGUAUUGCAGUUGUAAGAGUAACAUUUAGAUUAGUCCAAGUUGCUGUAUUGUCUAAGCAACAUAUUGUAUCUAGGUGGAUAUUUGCCUUGUGGAAACCCUAUUUUUGUUGCUUGAUGUACAAGUUGUCUCUAGGAAGUUUCAAAGUGGGUUAAAAGCAUGUCUCCUCUGGCUAUAGUAUUAUGACCAUUUCUUCUUGACGCCUCUCCCACAAGGCAAAUUCGUGACACUGUAAAUUGGAUCUUCAGUGAACCAAUGCUUGUUUACUACAUCAAUGUGUUCCGAGAUGCUUUUUGGCCAAAUGGAAAACUAGCAUCCAGCUCAAAGCCCAGAAGUGAAGACCAAAGCCGGGAGACGAAACAGAAAGCACAGCAAAAAUUACUUGAAAACAUUCCAGGUGAGCAUAUCAAAUCACGUGUCAUGUUAACGUUCAGAAUGUAAUGAAUCAAAGGAAAUUAUGGUAAUAAACAAUAUUUACCAUUUGUUUAGCCCUUAGAAUGUUCAAAACACUCCACAGGCAAAGUUAAACUCUGCCCACUUUAAUAAGCAAAUCUGUGAGAUUCUAUGAGAUUAAAUUUUAAGCAAACCAAGUACACACACACACAGAGAGAGAGAGAGAGAGAGAGAGAGAGAGAGAGAGAGAGAGAGUUGCAUAUUUAACCUUUAUACAGAUCCCUGACAUCUGUCAGAUGUUAUUCUGUGUGUAGAAGAACUGUUUCUUUUAUAAGAAAUCAGGGUGGCAUUUAGGUGAUAUGGAAAAAGCAGAGAAGCAGGGAACUAAAUCUACUGCGCCCAAAUAUUGAAAAUAAAAAGGCACUUUGUUGUUGUUUAGUCGUUUAGUCGUGUCCGACUCUUCGUGACCCCAUGGACCAGAGCACGCCAAGCACUUCUGUCUUCCACUGCCUCCCGCACUUUACACUUUACAAAAAGGCACUUUACAUGUGUAUUAAUCCAUAUUAUAUUCUUCUUGAUGAUAAAAUCCCUGAUUUGUUUUUAAAAGAUAGAUAACAGGAAUCUAUUUUAACAUUUUGCAUAUGCAGGCUUUUGAAUCAGUAUCUCAAUACACAGCUUACAUUGCUCAUUGCAUAUAUAUAUUUAAUUCAUUGGAAUUUCUUAAAACACAUUAGCAGAUACGUCACCAAAAUUAAAUAUCUUUUCUUCCAGAUACACUACAGAAUCUCGUUGGUCAGCAAAAUGCUCGCCAUGGUGUAAUCAAAGUCUUCAAUGCACUUCAAGAAACCAAGGCCAAUAAGCAUCUUCUUUAUGUGAGUUACCAGCACAUUAUUGCAUGGGUUUGUUACUUAAAAUUACUCUUCCUUCAGACCUCAGAAUUUGGAUUUUUGGUGUUAGUUUCUGGCAUUUACCCUUUGGCCUGCAACAGUAGCUGUUUUAUCCUCUAACCUUUUAGAAUUAUCUGCAGAAUUUGUUUUAACCAGGGAUGGGCGAGAUCCACUGAGGGAAAUGUGGAAUUUGGGAGAUAAAAUCCCCUUGAAGGUCUGUGCCUUGAGAUUUUGGUUUAGACUGGGAGGAAGAGGGAUAAUCUAAACCUGAUAAAUUUACUAAUCCUUGAGGUCUUCGUAGGUAUGUGAAAAUCUGUGCAGAGCCCUGUAUGUGCCAGUAAACAUUGAUGAAUAAUAAGGAUUUGGUCCUCCCCAGAGAGCUACCAAGAGCAUUUUUCCAUGUGUGGUUCUACAACUGUCAGAUGUGCAAAUUGUUUUUUUAAAAAGCAACCAAUGAACCAUAGUACAUAGUGGACAACCUGUAGCCUUCCAGACAGGGCCAAGCCCACCCAUGAGGCAGCCUGAAGCAGCCACCUGGUGUGGUGGAAUCUCAUGGGGCUGUGCCCUGCCCACCGCCGGAGUUGCGUGGCAGCUUCCAGCGAGAUCUUGUGGAACCAGGUAUAAUACCUUAGAAAAGGCUUUUACUGGACAGCCACUCUGCGUAAAGGGCCCCACAAUAAUCUGUGGACUUUACAGUAAUUGCUUCCUUCCAUGUAUGCCUCUUGUUCCUGAAUUGACCACUGUGGGGUCCAUGUGGUAGCCCUUGGGGGCAGGGUGUGUGGGCUUGAUCUCUGCACCUAUUAAUGACUUGCUAUCCACGUUUGUAAUUACCGGUUCAGAAAGAGGGGGAAAACACUUUUAAUCUCUCUUCUUUUCCAGGUGUUAUUGGAAUUGCUGCUAAUUGAACUGUGUCCUGAGUUGCGAACUCAUUUAGAGCAGCUUAAAGCAGCUCAGGUUUGAAUCUGCACAAGUGAAUUACUAGAGACAUGUCUGUUCUUAAAAGCAGACAUGUAACUUAUUUCCCUCUUUUCCACAGAGGGCUGGCUGAGGACUACUGCAAAUUUGUAUUUUUCUUUUCUUUUUACAUUCUACAUGGAGCAAACAAGACUUGAAAGAACUGACGAUACGGUAGAAUGCCAGCACUGCGUAGUUUCUGGCUUUUAUUUAACUUGUUACAUGAAUAAUUCUGUUUAAGAUGCAGAUUGAAAUGUAAAUGUUAAUAUAAGGUAUAAGAACUAUAGAGUAUUUUAAAACAUUUAUGAAAGGCAUUUUGCUUUAGUGGUAUACCAAUGAAUGUUGUACAGUUAAUUUCCUUGCUGAGGAUAAUGAACAUUCCUCUAUUUUCUUGUUGUAUUGAAGAGCCUUGUUGUGCAAUAUAUGUAAAGAUAUUGUGUAAAUUUUAUUGUUUUUAUUUUUACCAAAGAUUUCCCAUAGUUUGGAGCCUUUGUAAGCAAUAAAUAACAAAAAUGAACUGUAGUGUUUCAUAAUUAAGCUACACUUUCAGUGGGUCAAAGUGCUGCUUUCAGAGAGAAUUGCACUGAUUCUGCAAGGUGCAGAACAUAGAUUUCAUGUUGUCAUAAAUCACAUGAAUGUAUGACUUGGCAUUCAUUGCAUAAACCAUUAUACUAAUAACCUGUUGACUUAAACCUUUCAUCCUCUCUUGAUAUCAUUUAUAUAGCUAUUUCCCUAAAUGUGGCUCUUUUUAAAGCACUGGUAAAAGAACAACUGGAUUUAAUGCGAAGCUUGCCAAUUCACUGCUGGAGAUUCCUGCUUUUUGAAUUUUCUGAAACUUAAUUUAGUUCAGCUAGGAAAUGUGAUGGUAUUUCCAAAGCCUGAAUGGGCCCAAAAAGCUUUUGGGUCUCCCACACCUUAACAGAUGGAGAAAACAUCCCUUUUCAAUUCCUUGUUCCUAAAGAAAAAUGCCACAGCACAGCCACUUUGCUUUUCCAUGAGUGGGUGCCUCAAUCCUUUCCCAGCUCAAAACAUAGCCACUACUGCCUUGAAAAAUGCGCGAUAGCUUUUUGAGUAGCAAGGGACUUUUAUGGUACAAUUUCAAAUGCACACAACGUGUCACAGUGUGUCAGUGAUCAGCUCCACAUGCCUGAGCUCAUGGUUUACUUUGAUUCUGCAAUGUACCAACCUACACAGGGCAGAGGGUUUAGUGCUCACCAGCUUCAUGCAGCUGCCCAAGAGGCAUGUCUUGACAAACAGACGGUGACUAAAUUGUAAAGCUUCAGCAUCUCCAGGGUGUGCUAUUGUUCAGCAAUACUAGAAAGGUCUGAUAUGGGACUUUUCAGCAAAGUUUUAUAUAUAAAAGAUGUUUCAGUUGUUUAAUUACAGUAUUCUUUUGCUGCAACUGAUGACUGAAAUAAGAAAAAUUAUCUAAGAAUUGAGGGGUAUUUAAUAAGCUGGCCUUGAAAACUUUUCAGUAUUUGUAGGCAAUGAAAAAGGCAUUUAACGAUGCAGUUUUUAUUAAGUAAACUAGGGUUGGACAGCCUUCCUAAUGCUGUUGGAUUCCAUCAGCCCCAGUCAGCAUGGCGAAUUGUCAGAAACGGCGAGAGACAGUCCUGCACCCCGCCCUGAUACCAGGUAACAGAGCUACAGUUCUGAACUUAAUGCACGUUGACCAAAACUUGAUGGUUACGUAACACUGAAAGUAACUCAUACAAUGCUUUUCUUUUAGAUGAAGAUAAUCAGAACAUUAUGUGCCUAAAAUGCUUGCAAUAAUAACCAUGAUUUAUCAAAAGCUGAACGACAACUGACAUUUGUCGUUAUACAGACAAAACUGCCGGAACUUGCUCAGAUUCAUCAAAACGAUGCUCUAAAUUCUCCCAUGAUUAGCCAGUAGCUCAAGUUCAGAAGCCAGAUCGGGAUCCAGCCUGCAUGCCUAUAAACACAAAGAUGAAUUAGAGUGACCAUAAUUGCAAAUGAACUUUAUACCUUCAUUGUAUUAUAUAAAGCUUACAUUACAAAGCUACGAGGACACACACUUUUUAAAAAAAGUAUUUCGAAUGACAAUCCAAAUAAUGUCGCCUCAAAGAGCUAACAGAGUUAAAGCAACUUACCUUAGAAUAAUAAUUUUUAGCUGCUGCUAAAUCUUGUUGUGUUCCUAGGCCAAACUGGAGACAUCUAGCCAAGUAGAAGGAAGCCAUAGCAAGCCCUCUCUUUAUAUAAAAAGGAAUGCAGUCUGUUGCCUUUGCUAACUUUUCAACGUCAUCAUUUUCUGCAGUCCUGUUUGGAUUCACAAUACAAAGUAAAAGUUUAGUUAUUCUCAGAACCCUGGGGGGCCGCCAUUACGACUUUGCCAACUGUUCUUCCUCCACAUCUGAUCAAACCUCUCACUUUACACCUCACCCACCCCUUUGCUAUCCCUCCGCAGCAGUCACAGCUAGCACAAAGCACCUCUCUACUCCCACCUUCUGCUAACCCCUUUUAAAGCAAUGGGGAGGUGCUUUAAAGAGCAGUUUUCUGGAAUGCUAACACAGCUGGAGGGAAGUACUUCAGAGUGCCUUGCUAAACAGCUCUCUGAUGCGCCUCCCCCCUCCAUUAAAUAAAUUUGUCAGGGCUGCCUGCCACUGCACUGCUUGUUUGCUCACCCGCCUGCCUGUUGUUUGCCCUGUUUAUUUGUUUUUAUUUUUAUUUAUUAAAUACUGGAGUUGGUGUGGCGGCCUACCAGCAGCCACGCAAACUUCAGCAUGACAGCGUCGUUACAUGUUGAUGUUUAAGGGAAGAAGCAGGAAUAACUUGUAUAGUUGGUGCAUUUUUGUGCUAAAAUCCUCAUGCCCCUUCUCCACUUUUUGCAAAUGAACCAAGAGACAAGCAAAGGGUCGUUAAAGCCAUAUUCCUUGUGAAACAGCAACAGAGACAGGCUUGUGUCAUAGUCCCUGCCCCCACGCAUCUUGUCUUCUGAUUCUCAUUUGCCUGAAUGUGAAAAGCGUGUUGAUAGGGCUUUUGUUGCUGUUUUCAGGAAAAAUGGAGGGGACGUUAAAUACUAAGAGCCUUUUGCUCUUGGUCAAAACAACAUUAGAACGAGAAGGGUCUGCAAAAGCUGGCAUUGCUGCUGCUGUCAGAAGGAGGUGGGAGAUUAGAAGUUUGUUGUGAUCUCAUAGCAAAGCAAGCUAAUCAUUAUAAGUUGGGAGAAUUAAGGGCCAGACUAGAUGAUAUUAUUAUUAUUAUUAUUAUUAUUAUUAUUAUUAUUAUUAUUAUAAUACCCCGCCUUUUCCCCUGAUGGGACUCAAGGCAACUUACAGACACGAUGGUGUUCAAAUUGUCUGGCUGUGUGUUAAACAAAUAACUGACAUGGGAAGGUGGUGAUCCAGACUGAGAGCAUGCUGGAGGUUAGAAGGAAAUAAGGCUUCCCCCCUACUAUGGUACCAGUCCUAAUUGGGGGCUUCCUCCCUGCUCUCCCUUCCCAGAACACCAGCAUGUUCUCUCUUCUCAGGGUCCCUCCCUUCUCAUUGUACUCAAACAUCUCCCUCUUCCAUUCUUCAGCUGUCUCCUGUGUGAGAGAAAAAGGACGCAGAGCCCACAAAUGGACAUGGCAGUGAAGGCAAAACCAGGUGCAGAGCAGGGCUGCGGAAAGGAAUAGAUAAGUGGCUUCAGAAAUGGGGUUGUGGUGGUGAAAACCAGGCUUAGUAGUUGCAUGGGGUGGGAAGGGGAAACCACUUGGAGUAAAUGUGGAGGAAUGGUGAGCAGAGCAAGUUGGGACACAGCCCCUACUGGGUUAAACAAAAAAUGAAAUCAGCUGUACAAGGCCAGGCAAUGUGAAUAAUGUAAUGUUGAAUUUGGCCCAAAGAUUUCACAGUAGUAUAGUGACUUGUUGUAAUGAUCUCAGGCAGGCAAGCAAGCAAGCUCCAAUAAGAAUUAAUGAGUCUCUGGCAGUUUUAUGGUAUGUUUAUUUACAAUUAACACCCAGAGAGCAUCUCCGAGCCUGCCGCUCUUAGCUACGAGUUGGUCACCCUUUCGCAGCAUGAAGGGUGCCAUAGUCCAGUCCUUCCUCUCUUAUACUUUCAGCUCUUCUGGUUCGGGGACAAGGUGGGUGGACUCCCCCCUCCCUCAAAAGAAGAGUCCUCUAAACGCUGCCUCCCUCCUGGUUGCAUAGCAAUCCCCUCAAUGUCACCUACUCCUCCCUUCUCUCUGCCUGCAAGCCUUCUGAAUCUGCUGCUCUAUCUGAGUCUGGGAACUCUUGAUGAAGGGGAGCCGAACUAACCCACUCCUGCUCAGUCUGUGACUGCAUUCCCUCGUCUCCAGAGUCAGACUCUUCCCAGAAAUGUCAGAUAUAGGCUGCAAACCCAUGUACACUUUCCUAGAUGUAAGCCCCACUGAACAUAGUGAGCCUUGCUUCUGAGUGAGCAUGCUUAGACAGGCACCAUUAGGCAAAAGGUUAGAUGUAUCAUUCUUGUCACAAACCAGGUAGGAACAAGUGGAAUGGUAGCUAUUUCCCAAAGUUCUAGGACAUCAUUUAGCAAAACCAUUAAGGCAAAAAUGAGAGUGCUGAAUCAUUUCUCCAUUCUCAAAUGCCAUCCAAGUGCUUUAAAACUGAAGCUGGAUGUAUUGCUGAAAAAACCCUUGAGCUAGAAGAUUAGCACUUGAACAUGCAAUCUGGAAAGUAAAAUAAGUCUUUAUUGAAUAGUGACAUGAAGAAAAUUGUCCUACCACCAUGCCUCACCAGAUAUGAACUAGAUAAUUAUGCCUUUCCUGGGUAAACUCAUGUGUUCCUCCCACUUAAAAUCUAGUAUCCUGAAUUUAGUGGAUAUUAAGGGCAAAACAUAAAACUGAUUCUCUCUCUCUCCCCCCCCCCCACUGUCUUUCCCUUUUGCUGGAGAAAGCAAGGAGAGUCAAGCAGAGAGGAAAUUUAGUUCCAACAAGCAGAAUUGUUUUUUUAAGAUCAGCAACACAAAAAUUAAAAGGUACCAUAUUUCUAUGUAUCUGUUCUUUGGGAACUGAUCUAAUAAUGCCUUUGUUUUCAUCAUUAGCUUCCACUUGAAUUACUAAUGAAUUAAUUUACCUUUUGGCAAAGUCGGCUGCUUUUGUAAAAAAUUUCCUUUUGUAGUAAUAUUCCACCAAGUGACCUUUAGCAUAGACAUUCCCACGAUCUGAGGCUGCAGUCAGGCACUCCAGAGCAGCUUUUAAAUUUGGACGUACACCGUGCCCAUAAAAAUACAUAAGACCAAGGAUGCCCUGUGAUUCCAGGCUCCCAUUUCCACAAGCUUCUGAAUGCCAAAAGAAGGCCUGUAGGAGAAAGAAUGGGAUUUUGAAACAUAUAUAGUGGCAACAUGGUUGAAUGGGUACUGUACAAAAUACGCUUAUGAGCAGCCUCACUGGCUAGGCAGAGAUGUAGACUUGUAAUCAGCAUAAUAUAAUGGCCAUUAAAUUACAUGUUAUUGGCACUUUAACCAACUGAUUUGAGGGCUCUCUUAUUACAUAGCCUAAAAAAGGUAAAGGACCCCUGACAGUUAAGUCCAGUCGCAAACGACUGGGGUUGUGACGCUCAUCUCGCUUUACUGGCUGAGGGAGCCGAUGUUUGCCCACAGACAGUUUUUCUGGGUCAUGUGGCCAGCAUGACUAAGCUGCUUAUGGCGAAACCAGAGCAGCGCACGGAAACACCGCUUACCUUCCCGCCGGAGCGGUACCUAUUUAUCUACUUGCACUUUAACGUGCUUUCGAACUGCUAGGUUGGCAGGAACUGCUAGGUUGGCAGGAUUACAUAGACUAGGGGAUACCAAUGUGGUUCCCACAGGGGCUUUUGCUGACGCCUACGGGGUCCCCUGCCCUGGCUGAAAUCAGGCUUGAAAGAAACAUUCUGUUGCAGCCCAUAGAACAGGUUGUGGUGUGGCCUUGGUUGCAGAGUUUAUAUGUGGUGCCCGUGACAGUUUCUCACGCUUGUUCACGGUCCCAACAAUGUUGGCGAUUACCAAUUUAGGCAUAUGCAUAAAUGGCAGUGAAAAUGGUAGUGAACACGCCAGCACUUCUGACGUAGUGUAUGGGCAGCUACCAACUGCAAUAUAGACUCUUGGGGAUUGUCCACCAGACUUCUGCUUGCCCUGUGCUUGAUAGGCAUUGGUACGAGAGGUUCUUUGUCUGCCCUGCUGCUUUCCCUAGGAAAACUUGCUGUUGAAUCGGAACAAAUGUUGAUCCGCAGAAAACCCAAUUGACGUUUUGUUCUGAUUCAGCAGUAAACAGCACGUUUUCCUGGGGGAAAGCAGUGGGACAAGUGGAAGUGUGUUUGAGCACUUAAUCUUAGAACACAGUCUUUUAAAAAGAGCAAGCCAAUGUUUCUAUUUACAGCCUGCCAGAUGUUUUGCUUAGUUAUAAAUGCAGAACUUCUCUGAUAUUUAAUGGCUUCUUGUUUUUUGAAAUGUUGAGCUCAUGGCAUUAAGAAAAGACUGGUUGUUAAAUUACCCCAGGAUGUUCAAGCCUUCCUUCAAAUGACUAAUGCUGUUAUCAUGAGAUUCAAGUCUGAUGUGCCAACCCACGCAGCUCAUUAGUGUUUCAUUACGCAAACCUGGCCACAAAUGUCAAAGGGUCGAAAGUGAAUUUUGCUUUUGCCAGCGUACAACUUCAUUCUUUUUCUUUGUAGUGCUGCUAUCAUCUUCAUUUUAUUUCUACACUGCCCUUCAUCCACCGAUUGCAGGGUAGUAUACAACAGUACAUUAAACUAUUCUCAUAAUUGCUGUGGCUCAGUUUCUUGGGGGGGGGGGAAUUAUUUGAGUUUAUAUUGCUGCAAAUUGGAUCCUUCUUUCUCCUGGGUAUUUGAAAGCUAAGGCAAGAAUAUUUGGUUUAAAUGGGGGAAGUGUGUUUUGCUUGAAAACUCAGGGACGCAAAUGGCUGGGGGGGGGGGGGAACCACACAUUUCACUUCUUGCAGUGGCAACGAUCAUAAGUGAUAUGGGUAUCCGGUACCCUAAAUUCAGAUAAGGUGAAAGGCUACUGUGUCUCUUAGUUUAUUCUGAAAGGUAGUAAAAGCUAGCUCUUCUAAAUGGUUUAAUAUACCAAGCAUGUUUGAGGGGAGACCCUAUUCACAUAGAGAAAAGAUAAUAGGUAUUUUUUUUCUCAAUCAAGCAAGAAGGAUUUGCCUGUACAACCAGUCUUCUACAUGCACUGCAAACGUGCAGCUGGAUACUGUUCUCAUCAGUGUCAUAAUGGCUGGAUCAUCUUUUGAUGCAAAUGGAGAUGUAGCUUCACAGAGAGCCACUAGCUCAUGGGUAGGCAAACUAAGGCCCAGGGGCCGAAUCCGGCCCAAUCGCCUUCUAAAUCCAGCCUGCAUACAGUAUGGGAAUCAGUGUGUUUCUACAUGAGUAGAAUGUGCCCUUUUAUUUAAAAUGCAGCUCUGGGUUAUUUGUGGGGCCUGCCUGGUGUUUCUACAUGAGUAGAAUGUGUGCUUUUAUUUAAAAUGCAUCUCUGGGUUAUUUGUGGGGCAUAGGAAUUCGUUCAUCCCCCCCCCCCAAAAAAAAAUAUAUAGACCCCACAAGGUCUGAGGGACAGUGGACUGGCCCCCUGCUGAAAAAGUUUGCUGACCCCUGCAAUAGCUCUUACACAUGCCUAGUUGCCUACAGCUACAAGCAGAUUAGGGUCAGUGCUGCUGUAAAACUUUCUCCCCCCUGGCAAAAAGUGCUGCAUCUCAAAAGGCAUCAGGUACUUAAGAAACGCCUUAAAUUGCUUGGCAGCCUUUCAUUGCAAACCAGUUGUGGAUGCACAAGUAUUUUGUACUACUCCCUUGAUUCUUGCCACAUCUAAAUCACAACAGCCUCAUUUAACUGGACAGCACACCUGAAUCAAGAUUUGUGAUGUAAGCCAAAGCAGGACACGUACCUUUUUCAGAUCCUUUCGAUGCUUUGCUGAAUACAGCAUCCCAAGGGCUGUUUGAGCCUUUACACUUGCUUUUGGGUUCCCGUGGUCUGCAGCAAUAAACCAUAAACUGGAAGACAUAGGAAAACAUGAGUGGCAUGGUUGGCCUGUUCCUCUUAAAACAGGUAUAGGUAACCCAUGGCUAGAAUAAAGGGAAAGGGAGAAGCAAUGGAAAGAGCUAGACUGGUAAAGAAAAAGCGAUUUAUGUGCAUUGUAUGUGUGAUAUGGGAUGCGGGUGGCGCUGUGGGUUAAACCGCAGCCUAGGGCUUGCUGAUCAGAAGGUCGGCGGUUCAAAUCCCCGCGACGGGGUGAGCUCCCGUUGCUUGGUCCCUGCUCCUGCCAACCUAGCAGUUCAAAAGCACAUCAGAGUGCAAGUAGAUAAAUAGGUACUGCUCCGGCGGGAAGGUAAACGGCGUUCCCGUGCGCUGCUCUGGUUCGCCAGAAGCAGCUUAGUCAUGCUGGCCACAUGAUCCCAAAGCUGUAUGCCAGCUCCCUCGGCCAAUAAAGCGAGAUGAGCGCCGCAACCCCAGAGUCGUACGCAACUGGACCUAAUGGUCAGGGGUCCCUUUACCUUUAUGUGCGAUACAACAUUGUGUCACAAUAGCGACGUGGAGUCCCGUUUUUCUCUACCUGUUUUCCCUGUUUAAAUUUACAAUGCUUUAAACUGAAAUGCUUCUUUGAUGUGUCUAGAUCCAGCCCAUGACAGAUGAAGCAAUGGAAGGUGGAGAGUUAAAAAGCGCUCUGUAAGUUAUCUGCUCAGACCUCUGGCAAAAUUAAUCUGUUGUUCCAUCUCUUGGCAGCCAAACCCAUUAUGUGGAGGUGAUGGAGAAGGGAAUGAAAUGUAUUUUAAAAGGUGAUAGCAUGCACGGAUGAAGAGGCUCUGUCCCUGCCCACCAGUGGCACCUGACAGAUUACUCCUAAGUGAAUACUGGCUUUGACAAGUGAAAAACAACAACAACAAAGGUUCUCCACUCCUGCUUUAGGGCUGUUCUAUAUUGCAGUGUCCAGAUGCAAUUACAAUGAAGUGGGAACCUGGAAAAAUGGCAGACUGAGCCCUCGUCUCCGUGCUGAGAAAAUGCACAUUUCCUACCAGUAAAAUAGCUAUGUGGUGUGACGAGGCAAAGACUGAUGCGUGCGUGCGUGCGUGAAAGGGGCAUUAACGCAUGUGACCUUUCUCAAAAGUGCAUCCACAUCACACAGGUGUCUCGUGAAGGUUACCGUUCAGCAUCUUUCUCUGAAAUCUCAAUUCCACAUCCUUCGUAGCAAGCUCUUCCAAGGUUGUAGGCAGCAGCAAACUUCAAAUGUCUUGCUUUAGGGGAACUGGAGUUGAUAAUCUUCUCCAUAUAUUCAAUUCCCUUUUGCUGUAGGUGACAAAAAACAGCAAAAAUACACAGCAUAACAAAACUCUACCAAACACAGCAUAUGAAAUCCAUAUUGGCAAACUUAACAAAAACAUUAACAUUCCACUAAAUGUAGCAGUUACCAAGGGGGUAACUGUUUGUUACCAGGGGGAAAAGUUUGUGGGAAGAAAGGUUUUUUUACAAGUACAAAUCCGAGUAAAACAAAAAGGGUUUGGUAAAUUGUAACCAGAUGCAUAGUGUGCCUGAUUUCUCACAAUUUUAUCUGCUUCUUUCAUUUGGUUUCAGGUGCAGCAUUUCCUUUGGAUAUUACAAUGACCCCCACCCCACCCCACAAUGUAACAAAUAUAUUGCCCUCUAGUGACAUUAGGAAAUAUUUCAUAUGAUUAAGAUUGACCUGCAAUUGUAGAAACGUAAUACAGUAAUUGGCUUUUAAAACUUAAUUGGGCAGCAUAUAAAUUUCUUCAUUUUUAUUUUUAUUUAAAAAAAAACCUUGUAUCAGAAUUCACAUAUGCAAACAUCUGGCUCUAGCAUGAAUGCAGCACUCAGGGAUAGGACUACAGUGGUACCUUGGUUCUCAAACGCCUUGGUACUCAUACGUUUUAGCUCCCAAACGCCGCAAACCUGGAAGUAAGUGUUCUAGUUUGCAAACGUUUUUUGGAAGCCGAAUGUCCGACGCACCUUCCACCUGACUGCAGGAAGCUCCUACAGCCAAUGAGAAGCCGCACCUUGAUUUUUGAACGGACUCCCGGAACGGAUUGUUUGAGAACCAAGGUACCGCUGUAGUAGCAUUGCAUACUACCUAGCAUCUAUGUAAGCCACCCAUGUUCUCCAGGCUGCUCACAAAAAGAAGACAAUGCAAUAUUUUAAAAAGUCAAAAACAAUUAGUUGCUGCAUAAAAUUAUUUUUACCAGUAGAGUGGGGGAAAAUAUAAAACCAAGACAGCAGCACAAAUGUACAGCAAAUUACAAGUCUGACUUUGAGAGCCUGAUUUUUAAAAAAGGCUUGUACAGAUAAUUUUUAUUAUUAUUAUUAUUUUUACUUAGCACCCAAAAGAUCAUAACAAGAGCACCAGGAAAGUCUCUCUGUGACAAUAUUGGACUCUGCCUACCAUAUUUAGGGCACAUUCCUAUGAUCCUCAGUAGGGCCUCUCAGAGGCCAUAGAAUAUUUUAGACCACCUUUUCCAUGGAUAGCCCUCCUCUUCGUUCCCAGGCCUUUGGCAAAACAAUCUAUGGCUUUUUAAAUUGUGUGGGGCUGGGUUAUUGCUUUUGUUUGUUACUAUGGUAUGCAUUUUUGUGUUUUUUAUAUUGUAAGUUGUUCUCCGAUUCUCAGAUGGAUGGUAUAGAAAUUUAAUAAAUAAAAAGCACAGCGCUCUCAGAAUUGGGUGUUUUGGGGGGGCAAGAUCCCCCCAAUAAACUAUGAUUGCACAACCUGACUUUAUCAGUGACUGAAUUUGCCACCUGAAAACGCUAACAGUCUAGAAGCAUCCUCUGCUUUCUGGCUCCACCGAUUUGCUCUGCCCAAUGAUGUUAUGCUUCAGACAUUUGCUUAUUAAUCUGCAUCUUUGAAAUUCAUGCUAUUAAGUAAGAAAAGUUGUUACCUAAUGAAUAACCAAAGGGGGGAACCAAUCUGGUUGCAACUUACAGGAUCUGGUGGGGUCCCCAGUCCAUCAUAGUACAUUACGCCUAGUUGAUACAUGGACUGAAAAUCUGUGUUUUGUUCAAACUGCUGCAGUGCCUCUUCAUACCAUCCCUGUGCAAGAAACGACGAGAGAUCAAAUACUCAGGAUUAAAUCUAGCUACUGAAGCCUUUGG